AUGAGUCUCUCUGGGGAGAAUGAAGAGGGAAGCACUCCUUCUAGUAUCUGUGAAGAGACUGAAGAAGAAGCCACUGCUUCUGGAAUGAGUUUGUCAGGGAGUGAGGGAGCGUUGUCCCAUAAAAGGAGUUUUCCUGCAGAACAGGACACUGACCGUGAUCUUAAGAGGUAAGAUCAUCAAAUAGGUAAGUGUGAAGGAGCUGAGAGUUUGUUAAAACUAUCGAACAAGCCAGUAUUGUUGUGAUUUGUCUUUAUUUCAUGCAAUAGAUCAAGUGAAUCAGACAUUUUGUUGCAGACAAAUGUACUAGAUCUCUAACCUAUACCUAGCUUUAUGUGCAUUGAGACUGAUAACAAUUAUAAGUACUUAACCAUAAAAAGCGCAGUUAUAAAAAUCAGAAAUGAGUCCAAACUCAUCUAUGUUGGAAAUUCACAACACUGCUUUAAACAGGUUCAAGACAGACCAACCUGUCUCCAUGAAGAGUGAUCAGUCGAUGGGACAUCCUAUUUUCUUCAGGUAGGGAGAAUUGUCCACUGGGCAAAAAUGAGACCAUCAAAUAAAUGCUUUCUCUUGGACUUAUAAAUUAAUAUCUAAAAUUCUUAAAGAAUAUAACUUAUAAAUGCCCCAUGAGCUUUGAACAACUGUCUUACCCAAUCAUAAACCAACAUAUAAACUUGUUUUACUCAGUGGUUUAUAAACAGUGUAAUUGUAUUAGACAAGUAUAGCUUCGAAACAUGGUUAAAGUUAUACUUCCACGGACUGUCAGUCCUAUGAAUUUGAGUGGGUUUACAUUUCCCUAGCAUCGUUUAUUUACCAAAACAAGUGGUGGGGCAGCCAUUUUUUAAAUUAUCUAAUCCCACACUAGCUUCAAGGUUUUAUUUCGGAGUGAAAAUUAUUAAUAAUUUUCUUUUGACAGGGCCAAGACAGACCGACCAGUCUCACCUGCACCUAGUGGUUUCUCCAUGAAGAGUGACCAGUCUAUGGGACAUCCUAUUUUCUUCAAGGGAGAACUAUCCACUCGGCAAAGGUGAAACCUGAGAAAUAACAUGGUGUUUGAUUAUGGCAUUUCCUUUUAUUUACCAUCUUAUGUAUAGAUAAAAACUAUAUAAUGGCGCCGACAGAGAGGGCUGCGUUGCUUCUAGCUCUUAGGAAACUUUGCAGUAUUUAGUUUUUUUAUGUAUUAUUUCUUACGUUAUUAGCCCAGAAAAUGGUUUGUGUUAUUACAUACAGCCGGGAAUAACUAUUGGAUAUCAGAGCGGCGGUAACUCCCCAGCACUACCAGCAUUACGACCAGUAAUACGACUUUCCCGAAGCGGAUCCUUUGUUCGCACCCCCCAGGGCAAUUUAACUGAUUCCAGAGGCCGACCCAAAACAACGCCGGAGGAGAGGUACUCGGAGUGGUCUUCUAUUCCGACUUAGGAGGUGUGCACUCCACCCACCGCCUACAAGUCCUCUGUAGCUCAGCUGGUAGAGCACGGCGCUUGUAACGCCAAGGUAGUGGGUUCGAUCCUCGGGACCACCCAUACACAAAAAUGUAUGCACGCAUGACUGUAAGUCGCUUUGGAUAAAAGCGUCUGCUAAAUGGCAUAUUAUUAUAUGUAAAAGUUUGUGAGUGUUUUAGGUGCCAAAUGGAGUCGUGGUCAGAUUUUCCGAAAGGAGGGCGGGGGAGGGCCUUGUAUGCAUCCCGGAAGUUGGAGAAGCAGUGGUUGAGUGUUUUAACAGCGCAAGUACUACAGUUGAUGUGUCCUUUCUCCAAAUCUGACCAAGUUCCUUGGCGUACACAUCACUGACAAACUGAAAUGGUCCACCCACACAGACAGUGUGGUGAAGAAGGCACAACAGAGCCUCUUCAACCUCAGGAGGCUGAAGAAAUUUGGCUUAUCACCUAAAACCCUCACAAACUUUUACAGUUGCACAAUUGAGAGCAUCCUGUCGGGCUGUAUCACCGCCUGGUACGAUAACUGCACCGCCCGAAACCGCAGGGCUCUCCAGAGGGUGGUGCGGUCUGCCGAACGCAUUACCGGGGGCAAACUACCCGCCCUCCAGGACACCUACAGCACCCGAUGUCACAGGAAGGCCAAAAAAAUUAUCAAGGAUAUCAACCACCCAAGCCACUGCCUGUUCACCCCGCUAUCAUCCAGAAGGCGAAGUCAGUACAGGUGCAUCAAUGCUGGGACCGAGAGACUGAAAUACAGCUUCUAUCUCAAGGCCAUCAGACUGUUAAAUAGCCUUCACUAGCACAUUAGAGGCUGCUGCCUCUAUUAGAAAUCACUGGCCACUUUAAGAAAUGGAACACUAGUCACUUUAAUAAUGUUUACAUAUCUUGCAUUACUCAUCUCAUAUGUAUAUACUGUAUUCUAUACUAUUCUACUGUAUCUUAGUCUAUGCCGCUCUGACAUUGCUCGUCCAUAUAUUUAUUAAUAUAUUCUUAAUUCCAUUGCUUUACUUAGAUUUGUGUGUAUUGGGUAUAUGUUGUGAAAUUGUUAGAUAUUACUUGUUAGAUAUUACUGCGCUGUCGGAGCUUGAAACACAACCAUUUUCACUACACCCGCAAUAACAUCUGCUAUGUGACUAAUACAAUUUGAUUUGAUUUGAUAGACUGAUGUUAUUGCUCUCUGUGGUCAUUUUUACCCAGCAGUAUCUCUGAGAAGAAUGACCAGUCAAUGGAUCGCCAACCCAGAGUCCUUACUGAUGACAAAGUGUGAGUGAUCGCAGUUUGCACUGCAUCCUACCUAUUUUCUAUUCGUUUUAUUCACUAGCCAUGUGUCUGACGACAUCUAGUACCUUUACUCUGUGAAGUUCCAGAUAAUAGCCACCAAUUCAUCAUUCAGGAUGUCUAAUUCAGCUUGUUAAAGGAUUUGAACUGUCUAAAGGACACCGUCAUUGACUCUGACAUUAUACUAGAAAUGUAAAUAAAGUAGUAUGAUGACUAUAAUAGUGAGACUGUACCCAAGGUUUAGUGUAACUAUCAGGAGAUGCAGAGAGCAUUGUCUCCCAGGAAAACCACCACAUUUGGUGCUUUAAUCUUCACUUAGCCUAGCUUACUGUAGGAUGUCAAACCCUGUACUGUUUUCAUUCAUCAUUGAUCACAUCCAUAUUGAUGUUUUUGUACCCAAAUAAAUGUAAUUCAAUUCAACAAGGAACAUCUUUCUUUUCCACAAAUAGGUACCAAACUGGUUCCACUAAGACAGAAGUCCAGGGUAAAAUGAAAUCCUAUUUGAAGAAUAGGACAUAUUCUUUAUUUGAGGGCAUUGAAGAUCAAGGAACAAUGACACCUCUUAACAACAUCUACACAGAGCUCUACAUCACACAAGGCGGAAGUGGAGAGGUCAAUAAUGAACAUGAGGUGAGACAGAUUGAGACAGCAUGCAGGUUUCCAGUAGAACAAGAGACAUCAAUCCAACUCAAUGACAUCUUCAAACCCUUACCUGGACAAGACAAGCCUAUCGGAACAGUGCUGACAAAGGGAGUUGCUGGCAUCGGAAAAACAGUGUCUGUGCUGAAGUUCAUGUUGGACUGGGCUGAAGGAAAAGCAAACCAAGACAUCCAGAUCAUCUUUCCACUUCCUUUUCGGGAUCUGAACUUGAUGAAAGAUAAAAAUCAAAGUCUGAUAGAACUAAUUCAUCACUCCUGUUUAGAAACAAAAGAAUCAGGAAUCUCAGAAAACAAAAAUGUUGUGUUUGUUUUUGAUGGUCUGGAUGAAUGUCGCCUUCCUCUGGACUUCCAGAAUAAUAAGAUCUGCUGUGAUGUCACAGAGUCAACUUCAGUGGAUGUGUUGCUGACAAACCUCAUCAAAGGGAAUCUGCUUCCCUCUGCUCAAAUUUGGAUAACCACCCGACCUGCAGCAGCCAGUCAGAUCCCUCCUGAGUGUGUUGACCAGGUGACAGAGGUACGAGGGUUCAAUGACCCACAGAAGGAGGAAUACUUCAGGAAGAGAAUUGCUGAGGAGGACCUGGCCAGCAGAAUCAUCUCACACAUAAAGACAUCAAGGAGCCUCCACAUCAUGUGCCAUAUUCCAGUGUUCUGUUGGAUUUCAGCCACUGUCCUAGAGAGACUAUUGGUUGAAGCAGAGAGUCAAGAGAUCCCCAAGAAUCUGACUCAAAUGUACGCUCACCUCGUGAUUUUCCAGUCAAAACUGAGGAGUCAGAAGUAUCCUGUAGAGCAUGCCAACGAUUCUCAUUGGGAUAAAGAGAUGAUUCUGGCACUGGGAAAACUGGCUUUUCAACAGCUACAAAAAGGCCAUCUGAUAUUCUAUGAGGAAGACCUGAGAGAGUGUGGCAUUGAUAUCAAGGACGCGUCGGUGUACUCUGGAGUGUGCACUCAGAUCUUCAGAGAAGAGUCUGGGCUUAACCAGAUAAAGGUGUACUGCUUUGUACAUCUGAGUAUCCAGGAGUUUCUUGCUGCACUGUAUGUGUUCCUCGUGUUCACAAACGACAACAACAAUCUGAUGGCUAAAGAGAAAUCCCUCCGCAAUAAAAACAGUCUAUAUGAAGAUGCAGUGGACAAGGCCUUGCAGUGUAGAAAUGGCCAUCUGGACCUUUUCCUCCGCUUUCUUCUAGGCCUUUCACUGCAGUCCAAUCAGCAUCUUCUACAAGACCUACUUACACAGACAGGAAGCGGCUCACAGAGCAACAAGGAAACAGUCAGGUACAUCAAGGAGAGGAUCAGGAACAACCUCCGUCUGGAGAGGUGCAUCAAUCUGUUCCACUGUCUGAAUGAGAUGAAUGACCAAUCUCUAGUGGAGGAAAUCCAAAGCUACCUGAGCUCAGGAAGUCUCUCAAAAUCUAAACUCUCAUCUGGACAGUGGUCAGCUCUGGUCUUCAUGUUGCUGACCUCAGAGAAGCUGGAUGUGUUUGACCUGAAGAAAUACAUCAGAUCAGAUGCGGCUCUUCUCAAACUUCUCCCAGUUGUCAGAUCCUCUAGAACAGCCCUGUAAGUGCUUAGUCAAAUUACAUUGCAGACAGCAUGCUAAUGUAACAUAAUAAUGAACAUCAGUUUUAAUUACUAGUUAGGCUUACAACCCAAGCCCAAAGGGGGGAUUUAUUUGUGGGCACCUGGGUAUUUUGAGAUGCGGCUUUUCUUUCCACAGGCUGAACGAAUGUAAACUCACCAAGAAAAGCUGUGAGGCACUGGCUUCUGUUCUCAAGUCAAACUCAUGCUGUCUGAUAGUGCUGGACCUGAGUGGCAAUACACUUCAGGAUUCAGGAGUGAAGCUGCUCUCUGCUGGACUGGAGGAUCCACACUGUAAACUGGAGACAUUGAAGUGAGUGACUUGUAAAUAUAAAGAUGUACAUUCUUCAUGUUGUAAAUGUAGUUAUGGAUUUGUGUGGAUUACUUAGCUGCAUCAUCACUGUAAACUGGAGAAACUGAGGUGUGUGACUGUCAAAUGUUAUUAUUAAGAUGUAAAAGAUAACUUAAUGUUGUCUAUAGCUAGGUUUCCGUCCAAUUUAGCGACAGAUGUUCAUGUGAAUAUUCUAAAAUCUGUAUACAUAAAAUAUGCAAAUGUUCCCAUUAAAUGUACUUGUUGCAGAUAAAAAGCUGUGCGUGAUGGUUUCCAUGGCAUUUUCAACUCUGCUGAUGGUUUUGUCACUACAAAUGUUGCUUUAUAUAGUGAAUGUAGCCACUCAGGUAUUGGCACUUGUGCUCUAGCCAGCAGCUGGCAGAUACAGUGCGGGAUAUAGCCUAUAUGCUGAGAUUAUUAUGGACAAAAGAGAGACAGCAGCUAAGCAUCGAUCAUCAUGUCACCAGAAUAAGACCCUCGAUAUUUAUUGGAAAGGAGCAUCAAGCUCAUCACCUUGUGAAGUUCAUAACUUAUUUCAUCUGUAGCCUAAUAAACUGCAUGCUUUCCCGAGUCGUAGUGGGAGGACCACACAAAAUGUGACUCCAAAUGUACUUCGGUAUGAUCGUUAUUAUAUCAAUAUUUGCUGAUAAACGCGUUUCCACCGCAAUUUCUCGCAUAAUACAUUUUACAGACACAAAAAGAUCCCACCUUGUCUAGCGUAUUUUGUUUAGUCGACAUUUGGAAAGGUAACCGACAAAGUUGCUGUUUCCAUCAGGCCGGUCGUGACAUUGAAUCCAAGGCAGUGCACUGGACAGCUGACAAUGCUACUUUCAAAGGUAAUUUAUGCUUGAGUCGAGAUGCGCUACAUUUAGAUUGAAUGCGAUUUCCACAGACAUUGGGAAAUGUUGUCAGCAUUGUCGGCAUUCCAGUGCGCUGCUCUAUAACUUGGAUUAAAUUCCAUCCUUGGUCUCUGACAUCAUAAUUGAAGACAAUUUGUCCGUUUUUAUCAUUGAUUGUAUCAUUGUCUUUAGAUGCAAAACUGACAUUUUCUGGAAUAUUUGAUAUUGUGGAACUUCUCUCCCUCACUUUCCACAGGCUGGCAGGCUGGAACAUCACAGAGGAAGGCUGUGCUUCUCUUCUUUCAGCUCUGAGGUCAAACCCCUCCCACCUGAAGGAGCUGGACCUGAGAGGAAAUACUCCAGGAGACUCUGGAGUAAAGCUGCUCUCUUCUGUACGAGAGGAUCCCCUCUAUACACUGGAGACACUGCGGUGAAUUUUACUGAUCAGUUUCAUGAGCACACUGAUAUAGUGAUCAAUAAGCCAUUGUAAACAUCCAGACACCCGGGUCAUAUUCAUUUGUGCAAACUGUAGCAAAACAUUUUGCAACACAUGCUAGUUUCUUAUUGGACAGGUAGUCCAUUAAGUUCAGGUAGUCCCUGCCUGUUUUGUUCCGUGUUCUUCUCUUUGAUGCCUAGUGAAUACGACCCCUAUUUAUCUAUGCUGCUGUAUGAGGACUUAGAUCUACUUCUUCUUUCUUUCCCAGGUUAAAUGACUGAAAGCUCACUGAGAUUCAGUGAAGGAAUGGCCUCAGCUCCAAGUCCUUGGUUGUGGGAGUGCGCUGCUUCGAAUCAAUGAUGAUAGCUCCUUGAAUCUCUCAAUCAAUCAGAGAGCCCCGGCGAAGUGGUGCCUGGAAAAUAACCUCUCCCUCAACAUCAACAAACGCAUCACCUAGAUGCCCUCCAGGACAUCUACAGCACCUGGUGUCACAGGAAGGCAAAGAAGAUCCGGUGUCACAGGAAGGCCAAGAAGAUCCGGUGUCACAGGAAGGCCAAGAAGAUCCGGUGUCACAGGAAGGCCAAGAAGAUCCGGUGUCACAGGAAGGCCAAGAAGAUCCGGUGUCACAGGAAGGCCAAGAAGAUCCGGUGUCACAGGAAGGCCAAGAAGAUCAUCAAGGAUGUCAGCCACCCGAUCAGCCACCCGAUCCACGGCCUGUUCACCUCGCUACCAUGUAGAAGGCAGAGACAGUACAGGAGCAUCAAAGCUGGGACCGAGAUACUGAGAAACAGCUUCUAUCUCCAGGCCAUCAGACUGUUAAAUGGGUGGCAGGGGCUGGUGGUUGGAUAAAUGGGAUGAGAGGUUGAGGCCCACUUUUUUGUUUUCCUGUUUGAAUCAAAUUAAAUAAAAUUUUAUUUGUCACAUACACGUGUUUAGCAGAUGUUAUAGCGGGUGUGUUGAAAUGCUUGUGAUUGUAGCUCCGACAGUGCAGUAAUAUCUAACAAGUAAUAUCUAACAAUUUCACAACAUAUACCUAAAACACACAAAACUAGUAAGGAAUGGGAUUUAAGAAUAUAUACGUAUAUGGACAAGCAAUGACAGAGCGGCAUGGACUAAGAUACAGUAGAAUAUUAUAGAAUAGAAUGCAGUAUAUACAGUGAGGGAAAAAAGUAUUUGAUCCCCUGCUGAUUUUGUACGUUUGCCCACUGACAAAGAAAUGAUCAGUCUAUAAUUUUAUUUUAUUUUAUUACUUUUAUUUUUUUUAAAUUUUUGUAUAUCUAUUUUUUCAUUGUUUAAAAAAAAAAAAAAUUUCGGGGGGGAAUGGAUCAGCUUAAUAUUGCAGAUAGAUUGUAUCUUCUAUCAAUGUAAUUGUCUGCAUCACUUCCAAUCCCCCAUGUUUUUUUUAUUUUAUAUAUAUAUACUCCCCUUUAUUACUUUUCAACCCCACCAUCCUUUCCCUACUUGGAGUAAAUUAGUGAACAACAAUGCCCAGGCCUCUACUUCCGGUCUAUACUUACUAUCUACACCUUAUGGACAGAGUUAAUUUUACAAUAAUUCUAUUAUAUAUAUAUAUAUAUAUAUAUUAUUUUUUAUUAUUUUUUGCUCCUGAACUUCUACUCUCAACCUCUCCGAUCAUUUUCAUGGUGUCCAUCCGGUUUGCUUCUAUAUGGCAUAUCUUUCUAACUGUGCUCCUUCCCAAAAGCUCCCAACAUACAACCUAUAUACUUAUUAUGGACAGUAUGCUUACAUUAUUAGCUAUCUUUGUUAUUAUUUGUUGUUAUUUGUUAUUAGUCCCAUCCUUCAACUCUAUUCAAUACCUCCCAUCUAUCUCUUAACACCAUCCAUAUAGGAUUUCUAUUUGCCAUAUAUAUUUCAACCGUACUGUGAUGUUUUACAAAAAUUCUGAACCUUUCUAUUCUCAUUGCUUCUACAGAUUGUGAAUUAAAAAUAAACAUUUUUGCUAAAAGUAUUAUUAUAUUAUUGAUUGAUUAUGACUUUUCAGAUCACCCAGUAAUGCUAUCUGCAAGGUUAGUUCCAGGUAAAUAUUGCAAUCCUUUAGCCAUUCCUGGACCUGUGUCCAAAAACAAGCUACAAAUGGACAGAACCAAAACAAAUGAUCUAAUGAUUCUGUCUCUUCACAGCAAAACCUGCAGAGCUGGGAAGAUUGUAUCCCCCAUAUAAAUAACAUUCUAUUGGUAGCAAGAAUUUUAUAUAAUAAUUUAAAUUGAAAGAUUCUAAUUUUUGAAUCCGGUGUCGUUUUGCGUGUCAGUUCAUAAACACUAUGCCAUGGGAUCGGUACGUCAAAGAUCUCUUCCCAACUAUUUUGCAAUCUAUAUGGGACGGCUGUCAAUCCUUUGGUCCUUAAGUGAAACUGAUAUACUUUUUUAUUUAUCACAGUUUUCCUUAACCAAUUAUGUUCUUUAAUGUAAGGCCGACAGACAAGUUCCUUACUUUCUCCCCCUUCCACUUUCCUCUUCCACAUUUGCGGUAAGGCUGCAAUUAUUUGGUUGUAAUUUUGGGUAGAGCAGACAUUUCCAUAUGUUUUUGUUAGCUGCAUGUGUGACAUAACUCCACCAGUCCUACCGAUGAUAUAAUUUACGAAGAUUAUACCUUUUUUAAACAUUCUGUCAAAAAAUACAGUCUUUUUGUCAAUUAGUAUAUUUGAAUUUAACCACAAUAUUUGUUGCAUUAUUUGUUCUGUCGUUUCUGGAGGAUUAAAUUGAAAUUGCAACCAACUUUCUAUGGCUUGUUUUAGAAAUAGUGACAUUUGGGAGAUUAUUUCCUUUUCAAAUAACUGAAAGUGAGAGGUUGUAAUCUGAAUAAAGGGAAAAAGGCCUUUCUUGAACAUUGGGUGAGACAAUCUUACUAAUUUGCUUGAGAACCAGUUCGGAUUUAAGUAUAACUUUUGUAUGACUGAAGCUUUUAUUGAUAGGUCUAAUGCUUUAAUAUUAAAUAAUUUCUGUCCUCCGAAUUCAUAUUCAUUAUAUAAAUAUGCUCUUUUAAUUUUGUCUGGCUUGCCGUUCCAAAUAAAAUUGAAUAUUUUUUUCUCAUAUAAUUUAAAAAACUGUUCGCUAGGCGUAGGCAAGACCAUAAGCAAAUAGGUAAACUGGGAUAAUACUAAAGAGUUAAUCAGGGUGAUUUUUCCACAAAUUGACAGGUAUUUUCCUUUCCAUGGUAGUAAGAUCUUAUCUAUUUUUGCUAACUUUCUAUUAAAAUGUAUUGAAGUGAGAUCAUUUAUUUCCUUUGGGAUAUGUAUUCCGAGUAUAUCCACAUCACCAUCAGACCAUUUUAUUGGUAAACUACAUGGUAAUGUAAAAUUUUUAUUUUUUAGUGAUCCAAUACGUAAUAUAGUACAUUUGUCAUAAUUUGGUUGUAAUCCAGAGAGGUUAGAAAAUGCAUCUAGAUCCUCUAUGAGGCUGUUGAGGGAUUCUAGUUGUGGAUUUAAAAGAAAACAUGAAUCAUCAGCGUACAAUGACACCUUUGUUUUUAAGCCCUGUAUUUCUAAUCCUCUGAUAUUAUUAUUGGAUCUGAUUUUAAUAGCUAACAUCUCGAUGGCCACAAUAAAUAGAUAUGCCGAUAGUGGACAUCCUUGUUUCACUCCUCUUGACAGUUUAAAACUUUCUGAGAAAUAGCCAUUAUUUACUAUUUUACACCUAGGGUUACUAUACAUGAUUUUGACCCAUUUUAUAAGAGAUUCUCCAAAAUUGAAAUGCUCCAGGCAUUUAUAUAUAAACCCCAGUCGAACUUUAUCAAAUGCCUUUUCGAAGUCUGCUAUGAAUAGCAGGCCUGGUUUCCCAUAUUUUCCAUAGUGUUCUAUUGUUUCCAAUACUUGCCUUAUAUUAUCUCCAAUGUAUCUUCCAUGUAAAAAACCUGUCUGAUUAGAAUGAAUAAUAUCCGACAAUACCUUUUUAAUUCUAUGCGCUAUACAUUUUGCUAGGAUUUUUGCAUCACAACACUGAAGUGUAAGGGGCCUCCAAUUUUGUAAAUGGACUGGAUCUUUAUAUUUUCCACUUGUAUCCUGUUUCAGUAAUAAUGAGAUCAGACCUUCUUCUUGAGUGUCAGAUAAUCUACCAUAUACAUAGGAGUGGUUAAAACAUGCUAAUAACGGUCCGCUUAGUAUAUCAAAAAAGGUUUGGUAUACCUCGACUGGUAUGCCAUCCAACCCUGGAGUUUUCCCGGACUUAAAGUCUUUAAUUGCAUCCAGAAGUUCCUCCUCUGUAAUUUCACCUUCACAUGAGUCUUUCUGUGUGGCUGUUAAUUUGACAUUAUCAGUAGAAAAAAAAUCUCUACAAUUAGCUUCAGUUAGAGGAGAUGGAGGCGACUGAAAAGAAAACAUAUGCUUAAAGUACUUUGUUUCUUCCUUCAAAAUAUCAUUUGGUGAAUUAUGGGUGACUCCGUCAAUUGUAACCAGUUUCAUUAAGUUCUUUUUGGUAGCAUUCCUAUGUUGAAGAUUAAAAAAUAAUUUUGUGAAUUUUUCCCCAUAUUCCAUCCAGUUUGCUUUAUUUUUAUAAUAUACUACACUUGAUCUUUCUUGAAUAAGUUUCUCCAUUUCUUUUUGUUUUUCCUCUAAUUUAUUCUGAGCCUCUAUGUUACAGUUUUUAUUGCCAUCUAUCUGUUCUGUUAGAUUUUCUAUUUCCUUUCUUAGUAUAAACUCUUUUGACCUAAAUUGCUUUUGUUUUUGAGAUGAGUACUGAAUUGCAUGGCCUCUAAAGGCACAUUUAAAGGUGUCCCAUACAAUAAGGGGAUUCGCUGUACCUAUGUUAUGUUGGAAAAAGUCAGUUAUAAAUUCCUUUGUUCUAAUUAUGAAUAAAUUAUCAUCCAAUAGGCUUUGAUUAAAUUUCCAAUAUCCUCGCCCACGUGGAAAUUCAGUAAGAGUAAUGUAUAUGCCUAUUAUAUGAUGGUCCGACCGCAUUCUGUCCCCUAUCAACACUUUUUUUUACUUUUGGUGCCAACGAGAAUGAGAUAAGAAAGAAGUCAAGACGACUAGCUUGAUUCAGUCUCCGCCAUGUAUAUCUCACUAGAUCAGUAUAUUUAAGCCUCCAUAUAUCUACUAGUUCUAAUUUAUCCAUGACAUUCACAAUUUCCUUAAGAGCAUGUGGGUGAUUGUUUGUGGUGUGAUUUCCUUUACGGUCCAUUGAGCUAUUUAAAACAGUAUUAUAAUCCCCCACCAUAAUAAUAUUGUCUUGAGUUGCUUGCAGGCUUGAUAAUUUAUUAUACAGUGGGGAAAAAAAGUAUUUAGUCAGCCACCAAUUGUGCAAGUUCUCCCACUUAAAAAGAUGAGAGAGGCCUGUACUUUUAAUCAUAGGUACACGUCAACUAUGACAGACAAAUUGAGGAAAAAAAAUCCAGAAAAUCACAUUGUAGGAUUUUUAAUGAAUUUAUUUGCAAAUUAUGGUGGAAAAUAAGUAUUUGGUCACCUACAAACAAGCAAGAUUUCUGGCUCUCACAGACCUGUAACUUCUUCUUUAAGAGGCUCCUCUGUCGUCCACUCGUUACAUGUAUUAAUGGCACCUGUUUGAACAUGUUAUCAGUAUAAAAGACACCUGUCCACAACCUCAAACAGUCACACUCCAAACUCCACUAUGGCCAAGACCAAAUAGCUGUCAAAGGACACCAGAAACACAAUUGUAGACCUGCACCAGGCUGGGAAGACUGAAUCUGCAAUAGGUAAGCAGCUUGGUUUGAAGAAAUCCACUGUGGGAGCAAUUAUUAGGAAAUGGAAGACAUACAAGACCACUGUUAAUCUCCCUCGAUCUGGGGCUCCACGCAAGAUCUCACCCCGUGGGGUCAAAAUGAUCACAAGAACGGUGAGCAAAAAUCCCAGAACCACACGGGGGGACCUAGUGAAUGACCUGCAGAGAGCUGGGACCAAAGUAACAAAGCCUACCAUCAGUAACACACUAUGCCGCCAGGGACUCAAAUCCUGCAGUGCAAGACGUGUCCACCUGCUUAAGCCAGUACAUGUCCACGCCCAUCUGAAGUUUGCUAGAGUGUAUUUGGAUGAUCCAGAAGAGGAUUGGGAGAAUGUCAAAUGGUCAGAUGAAACCAAAAUAGAUAUUUUUGGUAAAAACUCAACUCGUCGUGUUUGGAGGACAAAGAAUGCUGAGUUGCAUCCAAAGAACACCAUACCUACUGGGAAGCAUGGGGGUGGAAACAUCAUGCUUUGGGGCUGUUUUUCUACAAAGGGACCAGGACGACUGAUCCGUGUAAAGGAAAGAAUGAAAGGGGCCAUGUAUCGUGAGAUUUUGAGUGAAAACCUCCUUCCAUCAGCAAGGGCAGUGAAGAUGAAACGUGGCUGGGUCUUUCAGCAUGACAAUGAUCCCAAACACACCGCCCGGGCAACGAAGGAGUGGCUUCGUAAGAAGCAUUUCAAGGUCCUGGAGUGGCCUAGCCAGUCUCCAGAUCUCAACCCCAUAGAAAAUCUUUGGAGGGAGUUGAAAGUCCGUGUUGCCCAGCGACAGCCCCAAAACAUCACUGCUCUAGAGGAGAUCUGCAUGGAGGAAUUGGCCAAAAUACCAGCAACAGUGUGUGAAAACCUUGUGAAGACUUACAGAAAACAUUUGACCUGUGUCAUUGCCAACAAAGGGUAUAUAACAAAGUAUUGAGAAACUUUUGUUAUUGACCAAAUACUUAUUUUCCACCAUAAUUUGCAAAUAAAUUCAUUAAAAAUCCUACAAUGUGAUUUUCUGGAUUUUUUUUUCCUCAUUUUGUCUGUCAUAGUUGACGUGUACCUAUGAUGAAAAUUACAGGCCUCUCUCAUCUUUUUAAGUGGGAGAACUUGCACAAUUGGUGGCUGACUAAAUACUUUUUUUCCCCACUGUAUAUAUUGUCAAAGAAUUGUGGAUCAUCAUUAUUUGGUCCGUAAAGGUUAAUGAGCCAUAUCUGUUUAUGGUCCAAUAACAUAUUUAAAAUAAUCCAUCUACCUUGCGUAUCUAUUUGGACAAUUUGUACAUUCGGAUCGAAAUUACUAUUAAUUAAUAUCAUCACCCCUUUUGAAUUUCUUUGCCCAUGGGAGAAGUAUAUUUCCCCCCCCCCCCCCCCAUUCUUUUUUCCACGCUACUUCAUCUCGAAUUGUUGAAUGAGUUUCCUGUAUACAAUAGAUAUUAUAUUCCUUCUCUUUGAGCCAUGUAAAUAUUGUUCUUCUUUUGUUAUUAUCAGCUAAGCCAUUACAAUUAUAACUGGCUAUACUUAUUUCACCAUACACCAUAACGAGAUACAAGUUUCAAGUCUAUUUAUCAUUAUAUAUGUUUGUAAAUUUACCAAUAAAAAAUAGCGUAAUGAUUGAGUGUCCAUAUAGCUGUACCAUGAUAUUUGCAUUGCUACGGAGUAACCCUUCAAUUGUUCUCCACUAAUUCCCCCGCUAAAGCCCCUCCCCAUCCCAAGUUGAGCCGUCAUCCCAGUGAUCAGCAUCCCACCCACGUCCCUCCGCAUCCCUAAGGCCCCGAGAGGCCAGGACCCAUCCAUCGAAAACAGCACACAGUGGCACCCACAAAACAGAAGCAGAUUCACCGCCAAAAGCAUUUCCAAUGCUUUCACCUCUAUAUAUAUAUAUUUUUUUAUUUUUUAUUUAUUUAUUUAUUAUGCAUAUCCUAUAUUCCAUCAUUAUCAAUUAAUAUGCGUAAUAAUGUCGGCAGUUCACGCGUAGGAUUCCAACAUAUAACCCGGAUUGCCAUUGUAUUACACUUAAUUCAUUGACAAGCAAUUAUUAUCCUAGCAAAUAAUCCCCGCGGUCCAUCCCAUACCCUCCCCCCCAACAUCCCCACCCCCCCCACAACAGAUGCCAGACAAGCACACACGCACAUACUCACAUACUCCAACACACUCAACCCCCCUCCUCCACAAUCCACCAUAAAAUCAGAUACUCAACAGCUGUUAUAUCCCAGAGCCCAACUCGAGAAAUAACUUGAUUUACGAGUGCACAUACAGUUAAAGCUGAUUGAGAAAGCAUGCAGAUUGAGCAGAAAUUGAUAACAAUGUCAGAUUUGAUUAAUCUACUUAAUCUAUGUCAAGUCCUAGGUGAUGGAGAUCAGAUCCACUCUCUUCACCUGAGACACAAACACUCUGAUCCCCUGUUGUAACCAUUUUCCCAAGCAUCUCCAUGCGGUCAGACCUUUGAUUAUUUUGUGCCACCUGGGCCACAAUGAUAAACCCCCUCUCUGAUUGUCCGAGUGUGACCCCCUCCCCAUGGGUUACUGCAGCCAGUGUUGCCAGCACUGCCACUACCUGGGUGGGCGUACCCCACCGGAAUCCCCACCGGCUAGGUAAAAAGGCCGUAAAGGUUCUCAUUAGCAGCUUUGAGAAUUUCCUUGUAUAUUAUGCUCUCCCAUCAGGGGGCUCUGGCUUUGUAGGACCAACCCUGCCAGGCAGGCUCAGAAUCUUGAGGGGGCGGUGCUGCUCAAGUAGGUCUCUGACCGCAUUUAUUUCUCUGUUUAGGCUGCAUAUUCACAGCAGGUCCAUAAAAGAGAUGGGAACUUCUCUUUGGUGUAUGGGUCGCUCAGUUGGGUGUCCAGGUUAUAGGGUUAGGGAUCUUUCCAUCAUGAUAGGACAAUGAAAAAUUAGAUUAGAUGUAUAUUAUAUUUAAAAAUGUAUAUCCCUCAUCUACACAAAAUUGAAAGCUCUCUCUCUCACUACCCCUGCUCAUAGACCCCCGGUCGGCUCUGGGAUAUGCAACCAUUUCCCCUCUCACUCACUUAACGCUGCACCUUUUCAAACACAAAAAUGCACACCACAUGGUUGACUGCGGAAGAAAUGGGCCGAGCAUGCUAACGCACCCGCAUCCACAUCUGCCUCAAGGGGGAAAGGACGCCAGAGAGAACACAGGACCAACCACAACAACCAUCCGCCAAAACAACAACCUCCCGCCAAAAAAGCCAUGUUCUAAUUAUUUGUAUUAUAAGAUGUAUUAUUCUGCUUGUUAUAUCGUUUUAUCCUUUUAUAAAAUACUAUACUUACUAUAAAUGUUAUUUAAUAUUACAAUCCCUAUCAUUGCUAGUAUCAGGUGCUCCAAUAUUUGACUCCUCUAUUACAACUUUUAGAAUAGCCAUGGAGUAGUCUUUGUGUCUCUGAACAUUUGGUUGUCAAUAUAUAAUUUAUCCACCACUAGUGCAACACGUUUCCCUUUUAAUCUGUUUUCCUUGAAGAUUGGAUACAGAACUUUGCGCCUUUCUACAAUCUCCCUCGGGAACUGAUCAUUCAUGCCUAUUUUCGUGCCAGCAAGUCUUUUUCCUAGGCUUUUCACCAUAGCUUUAUCCUUAAAAAAAGCUAAUUUGGCAACGAUUGGGCGCUCAUAUUUCUGUCCUCUUUUUCCGAAACGAUGUACAUGUUCGAGUUGGAUUUUAUCGACAGCCUCGAGUGGGAUUUGUAGCGCUGUAUGCAGGGGCGGUGUGUUCAAUAGGGCGAUAUGGGCGACGCACUGCCAAAUGGGAAAAGGAAGGGAUUUUUUUUCUAAUCAAUUAUAUCACGGCAACAGUAGUUAUCAGUGUUGUAAUCUAGACGUCUGAUCUGCCACUAAAUGUCCAAUCAGGCUAAAGUCGUGCUUCAAAUGCCCCCCCCCCCCCCCCCCCCCUUUUGGGGAGAUUUCAGUCAGGUUGAAAAUCGCCCAGAAGUCUCUCAUAGACUCCCAUGUAAAAUCAUUUUUUUUCAAAUAUCAGAGCUUUCAAUACAAUCUCUAUGGGUUUCUGAGGGCUUGCACUUACGCGCUUUCGUCAUACGUAACAUAACCAUGAACGUAACUAAGAAUAGAGCGGGUAGCAGCGUCAAUCAAUUCACGUAAAUAAGUUACUUUUUGUCGGCGAACAAAUCAAGAUAAAUUGGCAACGAAACAAUUAGGACCUCCCAGACCAAAUGUAAUAAUUCAACAGGUUUCUACUAAAGGCGGAAAGUCCUACACCCGAGGAUUUUCCAAAAAUUAGUACGAACGAAAAACCUGGCUAGCAGGCUGCGAUGUAGCUAAUGCAGUCUUCUGCUACCCCCUGCUUACUCUUUCACCCUGAAGGCGGCACGGCAGACAGCACCGCUUGGACAGCGACUGGUGUGUAACGGACAUGCACCAUCUUUCAGGAAAGAUUAAGAAACAUGAGCUGUCAAAGACCCACAUGGAUAGCUGUUUGAGAUUGUCUGCUUUGGGGAGUGAACAUUGCCACUCAACUGGAUGAGGGAUACAGGCUAGCUGUCCGCCGCCACAACGAUGAGGUUAGUGUUGAUAAUCACAAGUUUACUGGAGAACUGAGACCAAGUAGAGACUUUGGACAGGGUGGAUAUGGUAUAAUAAAGGCAGUUUAUUCAGAGGUAAAGAUAUCUGGAAUCGCGUGCACGGACCUGUUCGUUAUCUGAAGACAAUGUUUCAUUGUGUGCAGACAUUUUAUGCAAUAAAUGAAGUAGGUUGAAUCUAGUAGUUCUGAUCUUCUGAUUGGUCCUGAUGAGUUGGGCGAGGUCACCUCCAGGCUAGUGUCACUGUUGCAUUGGCUCUGAGUCGGGUUCUCUGUCUUCAAAUGUUCAGCCUAAGAGAGGGGAUUUUUGUGUGUGUGUGUGUGUGUGUGUGUGUGUGUUUAACAGUGAUGAUGUGUGUGUGUGUGUGUGUGUGUGUUUAACAGUGAUGAUAUGUGUGUGUGUGUGUUUGUGUGUGUGUCCUCAGAGCAAGAACUCGUGAGUUGGAAGAACUGAGAGGCCUAUGGCGUGGGUGUUGUCCUUGGCCACCUGCUGACAAGGCUGACAAGAUAGGACCCUUUUGUCCAUUGUUAUUGGAUAGGAACAUAACUUAUAACCAGCUCCUGACCUAAAUAGAUCUUAGCACAACAUUUUACUCAACAUAUCAUAUUCCAUAUUCACUAUAACAAAUAUAUUUACUACGACAUUAGCAAGAACCGCCACAUCCUCAGCCGGCUAAUCCAGUGUGUGAAGUUUUGCGGAGUGUUUGAGUUAGCUUUGCGAGGCAAAGAUGAAACUGAGGGCUCCACCAACCCUGGUAAGCCAACACUUUUGAGAUCAGUCAAUAAAUGCUUCUGGUAUUGACUUAUAUGCUGCCCCUGUCUUCAUGUUGUUGCUGGACAUAUCUUUUUUAAAAUGUGUGUAGGUCACCUAAAUCAUCAGAAAAAUUGCCCCCCCUGAGAAUUUUUUCAGGAGCCGCCACUGGCUGUAUGCAGGAAGUCCUUCAUAAUAUUCUCUGUUAUUUCUCCCUCCUUUUCCUGAAUACCCGUAAGUACUAGAUUUUCCCUCAUCGAUCUAGUUUGGAUGUCUAGUAAGGCUUCUCUCAGAAGAUUGUUCUCCUUUUUUAGUUCCCUAACGUCCGUUUCCAUUUUAGAGACUGUCACUUUUAAUUCGUUGGUUUCUUUCUCCAUUACCAAAGCUUUUUCGUCACUCAUUUGAAGACUCGCUUUCAACUCUUUUACGUCUUUACUGACCAAUUCUAAUAUGCCCAAUUUGUCAUUUAUCGACUUCAACAGGUCGCUUUCCACACUUACCAUACCCAGUGGUGAAAAGCAUAUAUCAUCUGUAUCAGUCGAUGAGUCGCGUUUCCUUUUGGUGAUCGGCUCUCCACGCUUGUCUUCAGUCAUGUUUUGGUGUUGCGUGUUGUAAUAUUUGUCGAUAUAUUUCUCUAGCCUUAUGAUCUGUUUUGUGUUAUUAUCCAGAUUGAAUUAUAUUAACUGCGAAUAUAUGAAAUGCUAAUAUUUAGUCUAACUUACUGAUUUUGAAUAUUAUGUUUUUAUCUUGAGGUGUUUUGUACCGAUUUCAAUUCAAUACGCCAUCUUGUCUACGCGUGCCCCCUAGUCUAUAAUUUUAAUGGUAGGUUUAUUUGAACAGUGAGAGAUAGAAUAACAACAAACAAAUCCAGAAAAACGCAUGUCAAAAAUGUUAAUGAGGGAAAUAAGUAUUUGACCCCUCUGCAAAACAUGACUUAGUACUUGGUGGCAAAACCCUUGUUGGCAAUCACAGAGGUCAGACGUUUCUUGUAGUUGGCCACCAGGUUUGCACACAUCUCAGGAGGGACUUUGUCCCACUCCUCUUUGCAGAUCUUCUCCAAGUCAUUAAGGUUUCGAGGCUGACGUUUGGCAACUCGAACCUUCAGCUCCCUCCACAGAUUUUCUAUGGGAUUAAGGUCUGGAGACUGGCUAUAUGUCAUAAUGAAUAUAUGUCAUAAUGAAUAGGUUUACCUGUGUGCAUUCAAGGCCUUUAAGGUGUUCUCUGCUGGUCCAACUAAAAUGUAUUUGACAUGGAACACAAACAUUUACCUACUAUACCAUAUUUGAACAGUUUAUGUCCUUCCUACUAACUGCUGUAUGUCUUACCUUUUUAUUUCAGUGUAGUAUAGGCCUCUGUAGUCUUUGUGCUCUACUAUUGACUACUUAUUGCUUGGAUUCUUUUUAAAUUGUAGCACCUUGGUUUUUAAAACAUGUAGCAUUUCUUACAUUUUAUGUAACCCUGUGUGUUAAUGUAUGGUAAGCUAUUUCAUAUUCCUUAAAUAAAUGAAGUAAAGCUGUUAUUCCUAUUGACGUGUGACAUUGUGUCCAUCUGUUAUUAAUUGAAUGACUUGUUUUCCACAGCUAUGAAUGUUCAUACUCACAUAUAGGCCUAACUGUGUGAACUCAAUGGCUUUAAAGGGGGCAAUCGGCAGUUUAAACCAUAACAAAGCAUUCACUGUUUUGGAAAAAAAAGUUUAGGGAUGGGGCUGGAGAAAUGUAACCACUAUCAAAUUCAUAGACAGAGUUAUGGAUGCAAGACCUGAUAUUAAAAUGUAACCAUGUUUUGAGGCAAUACAGUGUUUGUUUACAAUUACAUGGUUAACAAACAGAAGUAAAACAAGCUUAUAUUUUGGGUUAUGAUUAUGUAGGUCAGUUUAACUAAGCUCAUGAGGCAUUUCAGUUAUAUUCUUGAAGAAUCAAAGUAAAAAGAGUAAAAAUCAUUAAUUGAAAAGCAAAAAAUGGAUGUACCAAUCACAGAUUGCCCAUUUUAAGGUGUUCUCUGCUGGUCCAACUACAAUUGAAAAUAUAUGUCACUACUGUACCACAUUUUAAAAGUUUCAAAAUGCUAUAUCAAGCAGCUAGGUCAGGUGGCUAUUACUACCCAAACCUGAAUCUAAGGAACCUAGAAAUGCAUUAUUAUACAACGUCACCAAACAAUGAAGUGGAUCUGAAAACAGGCAGGAUGUUUUACUAUUAAAUACAUUUUAUUACACAAGCAGACAAUGACAGUCUGGCCUUUUCACAGAAAGACAACUCAGAACAUCUCAUUGUGGGUCUUCUGGUUGGUCAGUAAAGCAGAGAGCCAUGCAGUCUCAGCAGCUCCUUACUGCUGUGUGUGUGUGUGUGUGUGUGUGUGUGUGUGUGUGUGUGUGUGUGUGUGUGUGUGUGUGUGUGUGUGUGUGUGUGUGUGUGUGUGUGUUUGUGUGUGUGUGUGUCAGUAACCAGGCCGGUGCCAAUGGUUUUGUUGCCAUCUCCGAUAGUGACCUAGAUCUAUCUGCUGCCUUCAACACCAUGAACCAUCAGAUCCUCCUCUCCACCCUCUCAGGGCUGGUCAUCUCAGGCUCUGCACACUCCUGGAUUGCAUCCUACCUAGCAGGUCUCUCCUACCAAGUGACGUGGAGAAGGUCUGGGUCUUCACCACGAGGUCGAUCUACAGUUGUCCCCCAGGGCUCUGUGCUAGGUCCUCUCCCGUUCUCUCUGUACACCAAGUCAAUUGAUUCUGUUAUACACUACCGGUCAAAAGUUUUAGAACACCUACUCAUUCAAGGGUUUUGCUUUAUUUGUACUAUUUUCUACAUUGUAGAAUAAUAGUGAAGACAUCAAAACUAUGAAAUAGCACAUAUGGAAUCAUGUAGUAACCAAAAAAGUGUUAAACAAACCAAAAUAUAUUUGAGAUUUGAGAUUCUUCAAAUAGCCACCCUUUGCCUUGAUGACAGCUUUGCAAAAAAAAAAAUUAAAGAAAAACCCUUGAAUGAGUAGGUAUGUCCAAACCUUUGACUGGUACUGCAUAUAGUGCAGCAGCUUCUUACUGCAGUGUGUGUGUGUGUGUGUGUGUGUGUGUGUGUGUGUGUGUGUGUGGGAGUGCUGCGUCAUUCGUCAAGGAUGACCUGUUUACUGUUGUCUUGUUAUAAAGCGUACUGCCUCACACUGCAUUUUCAUAUUGAUUUGCCAAAUCUACAUUUUCUGAAUUUCUCAUGUUCUUUCAUUGUUUGUUCCAAAAGCCAAGUGAAAAUGAGACUUGGUAGUGUAAGACUAUGAUUGGUCAUUUCAGCCCUGUUCUUAUUCCUUAUCAGUGCAUCCUUCCUUGAAUCUUCCAUGAUUGGACAGGUGAACAAAAGGGCUCCUUUCACUUCUACAGUCAGUUCCAAUCAGUGGUCAGGCUACUUAAAUGAAGGUAGAUGUGAUGAUGGCACAUUUAAAAUCAUUUGAAUAGUGGUGUGUACACCUGUGUGCAUUUCCAUAGCAUAGUUCAGUAACAGGAAAGGUUUUGUAAUGUAAAAUGGGGGAAUAGCCUAGAUAUGCCUGCCUGAACUUGGCCUACAAGAACUGAUGUUCAUUUUCCAUUGCAAAUAGUUUAUUUUGAAAGCAAGGUUGUGAGGCAGUUAUGCCCUCUGAAAGCAGGUUUAAUCCUGAUGGCUGGCAGUGACUUGAGUCUUUGUGCUGCCAAAUGUUUUCAUGGGUGCUGUCCUAUAGCAGUAGGGCUACGUGAACAGUUUGGGAAGCACCUUCCCCUGCCCCCCUCUUGGAUGGUUGAAAACAAUAACCGUGAGAAGUUGGAUGUUGAAAGACUUGUUGAACCUGAUCACCUGCGUUUUCCGUGGGAAAGAGCACCUAGAAAGCGUUAACUUAAAGAUGGAGUAAAUUGGGGACUUCAGGUGGAAAUGCGCACAACAAAGAAACUUCACCUCGUUAUAUAACAGGCCCUGAAUGUAGUUGUCUGGAAAAUGAUUCGCUGGAGACAAAUGACAGGUAGGCAUAGCCACGGGAUGUAGGGGUACUGCAGCAACCCCUGAGAAAUCUGAAACUAUUCACAAAAGUAGUGGACUGGGCUUUUACUAGUCCUGUAUUAGGUAACCGAUGUAGACGUCUGUAGCAUGGGCAAAACAAGUAUUUCAGCAUCUCCACUUUGGCAAAAAAGGUAGUUGUAUAAUUAAUUAAAAUUGUAAGAGUUGUUGCGCUGUCCCUUUCUCUUUGAUCACCAUUCUAAUGGAAUCCAGAAAGAACAAAACUCUGUCCUACAAAAUGUACAUCAAAAGGUGCAAAGUUAUGGGCAAAGACCCAACAGAUCCACAGAUGAUGCAAUCUCUAUUGCACUCCACACUGCCCUUUCCCACCUGGACAAGAGGAACACCUACGUGAGAAUGCUAUUCAUUGACUACAGUUCAGCGUUCAACACCAUAGUGCCCUCAAAGCUCAUCACUAAGCUAAGGAUCCUGGGACUAAACACCUCCCUCUGCAACUGGAUCCUGGACUUCCUGACGGGCUGCCCCCAGAUGGUAAGGGUAGGUAACAACACAUCUGCCACGCUGAUCCUCAACACGGGGGCCCCUCAGGGGUGUGUGCUCAGUCCCCUCCUGUACUCCCUGUUCACCCAUGACUGCAUGUCCAGGCACGACUCCAACACCAUCAUUAAGUUUGCAGAUGACACAACAGUGGUAGGCCUGAUCACCGACAACGAAGAGACAGCCUAUAGGGAGGAGGUCGGAGACCUGGCCGUGUGGUGCUAGGAUAACAACCUCUCCCUCAAUGUGAUCAAGACAAAGGAGAUGAUUGUAAACUACAGGGGAAAAAAAGAGGACUGAGCACGCCCCCAUUCUCAUCGACAGGGCUGUAGUGGAACAGGUUGAGAGCUUCAAGUUCCUUGGUGUCCACAUCACCAACAAACUAUCAUGGUCCAAACACACCAAGACAGUUGUGAAGAGGGCGCGACAAAGCCUAUUCCCCCUCAGGAGACUGAAAAGAUUUGGCAUGGGUCCUCAGAUCCUCAAAAAGUUCUACAGCUGCACAAUCGAGAGCAUCCUGACUGGUUGCAUCACCGCCUGGUAUGGCAACUGCUUGGCCUCCGACCGCAAGGCACUACAGAGGGUAGUGCGUACGGCCCAGUACAUCACUGGGGCCAAGCUUCCUGCCAUCCAGGACCUCUAUACCAGGCGGUGUCAGAGGAAGGCCCUCAAAAUUGUCAAAGACUCCAGCCACCCUAGUCAUAGACUGUUCUCUCUGCUACCGCACGGCAAGCGGUACCGGAGUGCCAAGUCUAGGUCCAAAAGACUUCUCAACAGCUUCUACCCCCAAGCCAUAAGACUCCUGAACAGCUAAUCAUGGCUACCCGGACUAUUUGCACUGCCCCCCCCACCCCAUCUUUUUACGCUGCUGCUGCUCUGUUAAUUAUUUAUGCAUAGUCACUUUAACUCUACCCACAUGUACAUAUUACUUCAACUACCUCAACUAGCCGGUUCCCCCUCACAUUGACUCUGCACCGGUUCCCUACUGUUAUUUUAUUUUACUUCUGCUCUUUUUUUCUCAACACUUUUUUGUUGUUGUUUUAUUUUACUUUUUUAUUUAAAAUAAAUGCACUGUUGGUUAAGGGCUGUAAGGAAGCAUUUCACUGUAAUGUCUGCACCUGUUGUAUUCGGUGCAUGUGGCCAAUAAAAUUUGAUUUGAUUUGAGAUGUUCAUUUUCCGUUGCAAACCGGUUUGCUUUAGUGUGCCUAUAAUGAAUGCAUAAACAAAGAUAAAUACUUAUCUGCAUUAUGUUUGAUGUGAAACCAAGAUUGUGAGGCGGUUAUGCCCUCUGAAAGCAGUUUUAAUCUGGAUGGCUGGCAAUGACUUGAGCUUUGUGCUGUCAGAUGUUUGGAAUAAACUUGUCAUGGGUGUUGCAGUAGGGGUACGUGAACAGUUUGGGAAGCACCUGUCCCUGCCCCCGUCUUGGACGGUUGAAAAACAAUAACUGUGAGAAGUUAGACGUUGAAAGACUUGUUGAACCUGAUCGCCGGAUUUCAAUGGCCUAUUUAGAAAGUACAUUUCCUUGGAAAGAUAACUGCCCCGUGGUUCUCUGCCCACGCAUGAGACCACACGCGCACCUGAUUUCGUAGGUAUGGCUACUGAACUGGAAGCAGCAAGAAUGAUGACAGCGACACUUGCUACGUUUUGCAUUGGCCUAUAGGAUAUAGCCUAACUUUUAGGAGGACGAUUUGCAGGCAGAGACAAAUAAAUGGGUAAUCAAUACUUAUUGAAAAUGAAAAGGCGCAAAGCUCACUCACCAUAGUAGCCUAACCUAUGUGUGCAUUGUGCCUUUUCAAUGAUGAUUACAUUUUGUGAUUGUACUUUGACUCACGUUGGUUGAGCGCCCACCACUUUUUUCCAUUAUCAAUAUUUAUUUACAGACAUUGUAGUAAACUACAGUGUAAUCAUAUGUAAGUUAAUUUCAUAUUUAAAUUAACUACCAUGUGAUUCUCUGCCCAUGUAGGCAGCUUACUCUAUGAGAUCACACAUAUUAGGCGGACUUGAACUCUCCCGCCCAACUAGGAGGUAGGCUACUGAAGUUGAAGUAGAGAAUUCUGAGUGUGUGAAUAAUGCGAAAAAUAUGUGAUUUUAAUGCAAUAGUCAGGCUAACGCAUACAAAGCUGAAAGAGGACCGUUUUCAAAUAAUUUGUGGGACAACAAAAAUAGGGAAGACUAGUCUAUGGAGCUCAGGUGAAUUUUGCAGUAUAUUAACAAUAUCAGUGAAUGAUUCAAAGUUCCACCUUGAAUUGAAAGGUAGACCUACAGGACAGCAGUUUAAGCUUAAAGCUACAGUCUGGGAUCUGGGAAUAAUGGUUAUUUCAAUUAUUGAACCAUUGAUUAUAUUCUUGGAUAAUAUAAUGUAUAAAUGUAUACCAAGGUAAUUCUUUGUCAUGCCUCAUUUUAAGAGGAUCAGAUGGUGACAGGUGUCUCAGCAGGGUCAGGCAGCCAGGGAAGACCGGUCUGUGAUGGAGGUGAGGUGAAUUUUUGAAGAUACAACACUUUUUUUCUCUCUGUGCAGCAAACAGUGGACAAGCCAGAUGCUAUUUUCAGGCAGUCUGACAAACCUCCAAAGUUGAUUUUCAAACUGUAUCAAGGGUUGAUAGAGGCUUUUCCCGAUGACACAAAACAUGUAAAACAAAAAUGUGAGCAAGACGUGGUAGAAGCUAUUGAUGAUGAUGAAGGGAUACAGAUAUGUGUGAAUGCCCAGUCAUGUUCAUAUCAUCUCAGACAUAAAUUAGUGCAGUUUAAGACUAUCCAUAGAUGGAAAGAGUGGCUUCGGAGAAGAUGGCUGCCGUUUUACAGCCCUCUAACCAAUUGUACUUUUAAGUGUGUUUUUUCGCGUUAUUUGUAAUUUAUUCUGUACAUAAUGUUUCUGCCACUGUCUCUUAUGACAAAAAGAGCUUGUGGAUAUCAGGACAGCGAUUACUCACCUCGUAUUGGACGAAGUUUUUUCUUCAACGAGUCAGACGUGAAGGAUAUCCUACAGACACCUGUCGAGGCCCAAAUCCCUGUCAUUCGCAUGAGAAAGAGACAGAGAUAUCGUGGACGUAGGUUUUUUUUUUUUUUUUUUUUUUUUGGUGAGGGAGGCCUGCUCUCUCCUUUCCCUGAUGUUUAGUUCAUUUCAUCCCGAUCUCCUCUGCAUUAUUGUAGCCAUCUGCUGCAGCCUGUCAACUAUGCCUCUGCCUAUCCCUGUUCUCUCCUCUCCGCACAGGCUACACAAACGCCUCACACCGCGUGGCUGCUGCCUCUCUAACCUGGUGGUCCCUGCACGCACCACACACCUGGAGUUCCAGGUCUCAGGCAGCCUCUGGAACUGCCGUUCUGCCGCCAACAAGGCUGACUUCAUCCCAGCCUAUGCUACCCUCCAGUCCCUCGACUUCCUGGCGCUGACGGAAACAUGGAUUACCACUGAAAACACUGCUACUCCUACUGCUCUCUCCUCGUCUGACCAUGUGUUCUCGCAUACCCCGAGAGCAUCUGGUCAGAGGGGUGGUGGCACAGGAAUCCUCAUCUCUCCCAAGUGGACAUUCUCAAAUUUUCCCCUAACCCAUCUGUCUAUCUCCUCAUUUGAAUUCCAUGCUGUCACAGUCACUAGCCCAUUUAAGCUUAAUAUCCUUGUCAUCUAUCGCCCCCCAGGUUCCCUUGGAGAGUUCAUCAAUGAGCUUGACGCCUUGAUAAGUUCCUUUCCUGAGGAUGGCUCACCCCUCACAGUUUUGGGGGAUUUCAACCUCCCUGUGUCCACAUUUGACUCAUUUCUCUCUGCCUCCUUCUUUCCACUCCUCUCCUCUUUUGACCUCACCCUCUCACCGUCCCCCCCUACUCACAAGGCAGGCAAUACGCUUGACCUCAUCUUUACUAGAUGCUGCUCUUCUACUAAUCUCACUGCAACUCCCCUCCAUGUCUCUGACCACUACUUUGUUUCCUUUUCUCUCUCGCUCUCCUCCCACACUACUCACUCUGCCCCUACACAGAUGGUAAUGUGCCGCCGCAACCUUCGCUCUCUCUCUCCCACUACUCUCUCCUCUUUCAUCCUAUCAUCUCUUCCCUCUGCGCAAUCCUUCUCCCUCCAAUCUCCUGAUUCUGCCUCCUCAACCCUCCUCUCCUCCCUUUCUGCAUCCUUUGACUCUCUGUGUCCCCUAUCCUCCCGGCCGGCUCGGUCCUCCCCUCCAGCUCCGUGGCUUGAUGACUCAUUGCGAGCUCACAGAACAGAGCUCCGGGCAGCGGAGCGGAAAUGGAAGAAAACUAAACUCCCUGCCGACCUGGCAUCUUUUCACUCCCUCCUCUCUACAUUUUCUUCAUCUGUUUCUGCUGCUAAGGCCACUUUCUACCACUCUAAAUUCCAAGCAUCUGCCUCUAACCCUAGGAAGCUCUUUGCCACAUUUUCCUCCCUGCUGAAUCCUCCCCCCCCCUCCCCCCCCUCCUCUCUCUCUGUGGAUGACUUCGUCAACCACUUUGAAAAGAAGGUUGACGACAUUCGAUCCUCGUUUGCUAAGUCUAAUGACACUGCUGGUCCUACUCACACUGCCCUUCCCUAUGCUUUGACUUCUUUCUCCCCUCUCUCUCCAGAUAAAAUCCUGCGACUUGUGACUGCAGGCCGCCCAACAACCUGCCCGCUUGACCCCAUCCCCUCCUCUCUUCUCCAGACCAUCUCCGGUGACCUUCUCCCCUACCUCACCUCGCUGAUCAACUCAUCCUUGACCGCUGGCCAUGUCCCUUCCGUCUUCAAGAGAGCGAGAGUUGCUCCCCUUCUCAAAAAACCAACACUCGAUCCCACUGAUGUCAACAACUACAGACCAGUAUCCCUUCUUUCUUUUCUUUCCAAAACUAUUGAGCGUGCCGUCUUUAGCCAACUCUCUUGCUAUCUCUCUCAGAAUGACCUUCUUGAUCCAAACCAGUCAGGUUUCAGGACUGGUCAUUCAACUGAGACUGCUCUUCUCUGUGUCACGGAGACUCUCCGAACUGCUAAAGCUAACUCUCUCUCCUCUGCUCUUGUCCUUCUAGACCUGUCUGCUGCCUUUGAUACUGUGAACCAUCAGAUCCUCCUCUCCACCCUCUCCGAGCUGGGCAUCUCCGGCGCGGCUCACUCCUGGAUUGCGUCCUACCUGACCGGUCGCUCCUACCAAGUGGCGUGGCGAGAAGCUGUCUCCGCACCACGUGCUCUCACCACUGGUGUCCCCCAGGGCUCAGUUCUAGGCCCUCUCCUUUUCUCCCUAUACACCAAGUCACUUGGCUCUGUCAUAUCCUCACAUGGCCUCUCCUAUCAUUGCUACGCUGACGAUACACAACUAAUCUUCUCCUUUCCCCCUUCUGAUAACCAGGUGGCGAAUCGCAUCUCUGCAUGUCUGGCAGACAUAUCAGUAUGGAUGACGGAUCACCACCUCAAGCUGAACCCUGGCAAGACGGAGCUGCUCUUCCUCCCGGGGAAGGACUGCCCGUUCCAUGAUCUCGCCAUCACGGUUGACAACUCCGCUGUGUCCUCCUCCCAGAGUGCGAAGAGCCUAGGCGUGACCCUGGACAACACCCUGUCGUUCUCCGCCAACAUCAAGGCGGUGACCCACUCCUGCAGGUUCAUGCUCUACAACAUUCGGAGAGUACGACCCUGCCUUACACAGGAAGCGGCACAGGUCCUAAUCCAGGCACUUGUCAUCUCCCGUCUGGACUACUGCAACUCGCUGUUGGCUGGCCUCCCUGCCUGUGCCAUUAAACCCCUACAACUCAUCCAGAAUGCCGCAGCCCGUCUGGUGUUCAACCUUCCCAAGUUCUCUCACGUCACCCCCCUCCUCCGCACACUCCACUGGCUUCCAGUUGAAGCUCGCAUCCGCUACAAGACCAUGGUGCUUGCCUAUGGAGCAGUGAGGGGAACGGCACCUCUGUACCUUCGGGCUCUGAUCAGUCCCUACACCCAAACGAGGGCAUUGCGUUCAUCCACCUCUGGCCUGCUGGCUCCCCUUCCCCUGCGGAAGCACAGCUCCCGCUCAGCCCAGUCAAAACUGUUCGCUGCUCUGGCACCCCAAUGGUGGAACAAGCUCCCUCACGACGCCAGGACAGCGGAGUCACUCACCACCUUCCGGAGACAUUUGAAACCCCACCUCUUUAAGGAUUACCUGGGAUAGGAUAAAGUAAUCCUUCUACCCCCCCCCCCCCCCCCCCCCCCCCCCCCAAAAAAAAAAAAUGUGUAAAGUGGUUAUCCCACUGGCUAUAGGGUGAACGCACCAAUUGGUGAGUCGUUCUGGAUAAGAGCGUCUGCUAAAUGACGUAAAUGUGCCCUUGAGCAAGGCACUUAACCCUAAUUGCUCCUGUAAGUCGCUCUGGUUAAGAGCGUCUGCUAAAUGACUAAAAUGUAAAUGUAAAUGUAGGUCGGGGUGCCUUGUAAGGAUCCGAACGCGAGCAACUAAACUGCCUCUUCCAUCAAUCCUAUUAGCCAAUGUUAAAUCAUUUGAAAACAAAUUGGACGACCUAAGAUUACGUUUAUCCUACCAACGGGACAUUAAAAACGGUAAUAUCUUAUGUUUCACCGAGUCGUGGCUUCACGACGACAUUGAUAACAUACAGCUGGCGGGAUAUACUCUACAUCGUCAGGAUAGAAUGGCUGACUCCGGUAAGACAAGGGGUGGCGGUCUGUCUAUAUUUGUAAACAACAGCUGGUGCAUAAAAUCUAACACUAAGGAAGUCUCGAGGUUUUGCUCGCCGGAGGUAGAGUAUCUCAUGAUAAGCUGUAGACCACACUAUUUACCAAGAGAGUUUUCAUCUAUAUUUUUCGUAGCUGUCUAUCUACCACCACAAACCAAUGCUGGAACUAAGCUUGCACUCAAUGAGCUGUAUAAGGCCAUAAUUAAACAGGAAAACGCUCAUCCAGAGGCACCACUCCUAGUGGCCGGGGACUUUAAUGCAGGGAAACUUAAAUCCGUUCUACCUAAUUUCUACCAGCAUGUUAAAUGUGCAACCAGAGGAAAAAAAACUCUAGACCAUCUGUACUCCACACACAGAGACGCAUACAAAGCUCUCCCUCGCCUUCCAUUUGGCAAAUCUGACCAUAACUCUAUCCUCCUGAUUUCUGCUAAUAAGCAAAAACUAAAGCAGGAAGCACCAGUGACUCGGUUAAUAAAGAAGUGGUCAGAUGACGCAGAUGCUAAGCUUACAGGACUGUUUUACUAGCACAGACUGGAAUAUGUUCCAGGAUUCUUCAGAUAGCAUUGAGGAGUACACCACAUCAGUCACUGGCUUCAUCAAUAAGUGCAUCGAUGACGUUGUCCCCACAGUGACCGUACGUACAUACCCCAUCCAAAAGCCAUGGAUUACAGGCAACAUCCGCACUGAGCCAAAGGAUAGAGCUGCCGCUUUCAUGGAGCGGGACUCUUAACCGGACGCUUAUAAGAAAUCCCGCUAUCCCCUCCGACAAACCAUCAAACAGGCAAAGAGUCGAUACAGGACUAAGAUUGAAUCGACUACACCGGCUCUGAUGCUCGUCAGAUGUGGCAGGGCUUGAAAACUAUUACAGACUACAAAGGGAAGCACAGCCGUGAGCUGCCCAGUGACACAAGCCUACCAGAUGAGCUAAAUCACUUCUAUGUUCGCUUCGAGUCAAGUAACACUGAGGCAUGCAUGAGAUCAUCAGCUGUUCCGGAUGACUAUGUGAUCACACUCUCCGUAGCCGAUGUGAGUAAGACUUUUAAGCAGGUCAACAUUCACAAGGCCGCAGGGCCAGACGGAUUACCAGGACGUGUACUCCGAGCAUGUGCUGACCAACUGGCAAGUGUCUUCACUGACAUUUUCAACAUGUCCCUGACUGAGUCUGUAAUACCAACAUGUUUCAAGCAGACCACCAUAGUCCCUGUGUCCAAGGACCCUAAGAUAACCUGCCUAAAUGACUACCGAUCCGUAGCACUCACGUCUGUAGCCAUGAAGUGCUUUGAAAGACUGGUCAUGGCUCACAUCAACACCAUUAUCCCAGAAACCCUAGACCCACUCCAAUUUGCAUACCGCCCCAACAGAUCCACAGAUGAUGCAAUCUCUAUUGCACUCCACACUGCCUUUUCCCACCUGGACAAGAGGAACACCUACGUGAGAAUGCUAUUCAUUGACUACAGUUCAGCGUUCAACACCAUAGUGCCCUCAAAGCUCAUCACUAAGCUAAGGAUCCUGGGACUAAACACCUCCCUCUGCAACUGGAUCCUGGACUUCCUGACGGGCUGCCCCCAGGUGGUAAGGGUAGGUAACAACACAUCUGCCACGCUGAUCCUCAACACGGGGGCCCCUCAGGGGUGCGUGCUCAGUCCCCUCCUGUACUCCCUGUUCACCCAUGACUGCAUGACCAGGCACGACUCCUACACCAUCAUUAAAUUUGACGAUGACACAACAGUGGUAGGCCUGAUCACCGACAAAGAAGAGACAGCCUAUAGGGAGGAGGUCAGAGACCUGGCCGUGUGGUGCCAGGAUAACAACCUCUCCAUCAAUGUGAUCAAGACAAAGGAGAUGAUUGUAAACUACAGGAAAAAAAAGAGGACUGAGCACGCCCCCAUUCUCAUCGACAGGGCUGUAGUGGAACAGGUUGAGAGCUUCAAGUUCCUUGGUGUCCACAUCACCAACAAACUAUCAUGGUCCAAACACACCAAGACAGUCGUGAAGAGGGCACGACAAAGCCUAUUCCCCCUCAGGAGACUGAAAAGAUUUGGCAUGGGUCCUCAGAUCCUCAAAAGGUUCUACAGCUGCACCAUCGAGAGCAUCCUGACUGGUUGCAUCACCGUCUGGUAUGGCAACUGCUCAGCCUCCGACCGCAAGGCACUACAGAGAGUAGUGCGUACGGCCCAGUACAUCACUGGGGCCAAGCUUCCUGCCAUCCAGGACCUCUAUACCAAGCGGUGUCAGAGGAAGGCCCUAAAAAUUAUCAAAGACUCCAGCCACCCUAGUCAUAGACUGUUCUCUCUGCUUCCGCACGGCAAGCGGUAACGGAGCGCCAAGUCUAGGUCCAAAAGGCUUCUCAACAGCUUCUAACCCCAAGCCAUAAGACUCCUGAACAGCUAAUCAUGGCUACCCAGACUAUUUGCACUUCCCCCCCACCCCACCCCAUCCCCCUCUUUUACGCUGCUGCUACUCUGUUUAUUAUUUAUGCAUAGUCACUUUAACUCUACCCACAUGUACAUAUUACCUCAAUUACCUCGACUAGCCGGUGCCCCCGCACAUUGACUCUGUACCGGUACCCCCUGUAUAUAGCCUCCCUACUGUUAUUUUACUUUACUGCUGCUCUUUAGUUAUUUGCUUUUAUUUAUUUUUACUUAACACUUUUUUAUUGUACUUUUUUUAUUUAAAAAAAAAAACGUCAUUGUUGGUUAAGGGCUUGUAAGCAUUUCACUGUAUUGUCUACACCUGUUGUAUUCGGCGCAUGUGGCAAAUAAAAUUUGAUUUGAUUUUAUAUGCCAGUGAAACUGAAUUAUAUGCACUCAAAAAUGUAAUUCCUCUGCUGGAGGUGUAAAACACAAAAGGGGACGUAUUUGCAUAUGUUAUGGUCAUGUGAAGGCUGGCUGAAUUCUGGCAAAGAGGAUGUUCUUUUAUCUCAGCAUGUCUACAGAUUCUCCCUUCUCCCUGUUUUUGUUUGCUUGGAAAUGUUGAUACUAGAGACUGUUAUCUGAAGAAACUGUGUAACCAAGCAUUUAUAGCGGCUAAGAAAUGCUUUGCCAUUCAUUGGAAAGUUGGUUAUCGUCUCACAAUGUCAAGUUAUGUAUCACUAGAUUUGAUUUAUUUCAAGAUUAAGGGUAUACUUUCAUAAGGUCUGGAUUCCUUAUAUGGAAUACAGUACGACUAAAGGAGUCUGUAUUGAAAACAAGCCCACGUCAGGGGAGAUACCUAUUUAGGAAAUCCCUAGCUGCUGGGCUGCUCAGUCCUGGCCCUGGGGGCCUGCUGUCCUGUGGGUUGUCACUCUGGCCUUGGCCUAACACACCCGAAACCAAUAAUGAAUGUUUCACUAAGAUCCUAAAGCUGAGUGGAGUGUGUUGGGUUGGGGCGCUGCAGGGCGGUGGACCCCUAGGGACAGGACGGGGCGACCCAGCUAUAUUGUGUGUAAGUGAAAUAAAGCUCUACAGUACUAUUAGUCCUAUGAGAUUAAUUUAAUGAAGCCUUUUGCUGUUUCUGUGUGUUAAUUUGAGGUGUAUGUGCUUUUAUUUUUAUUAAAAAAAAAUUGUUACCAAACCUUUCCCUUGGGAAUUAAAAAAAUUAAAGGUCUGAACUGGGAAGGAAAUUGUGUUGGGAGAGUUGAGUUAUUGACUAGACUGGUGGGGGUCGGGCAUGCAGGCGGCUCGCGCUGGCUGGUCAGUCUGGCUAAAAUUUGAUAUAGACGAUGUCUUAAUAAAGACAAUCAAAAGUCUUUGUAUUUUUUUCAAGAGUUGUUCAUUUGUUAGGCUAUUGGUUAAAGGUGCAACACAAUAUUUAUUAUUGAAUUACCUUCGAUCUAGGUCAGUCGUAUUAAUCACUUAAACAUAUUUAAUAAUGAUCUCUUACCUAGCUUGAUGAUUGUGGGCAUUUUUGCUUACUUUUUGUCUAAAUAGAGACGGCAUAUUGGAUUGUGUAAAAAUGCAGGAAAUUAGCUUUAGAUGCCCAUAACAAUUAUUUUCAGGACCCCCAGACUCCCCGCCAGGUUAUGUCCCCCCCACUUCUAAAACCAAUGUGGUGCUCCUGGAAUCUACACUGUAAAUUGGAGACACUGAGGUAAGGAUAACCUUCAUGCAGUUUAACUUACAUUUCACUUGGGCCGGAAUUCAAAACUGACAUAUUUUCUGGAAUAUUUAUGUUGUGUAUCUUUUCUCCUUAGGUUUCCUUAGGCUAUCAGGCUGCAGCAUCUCAGAAGAAGGCUGUGCAUCUCGUUUGAGCUCUGAGUCUGAGGUCCCUCACAGUGUCGAGGUGAACAGAUGUUAAUUUUCCGUUGCAAAACGUUUUGCUUCAGUGUGCCUGUAAUGAACGCAUAAACAAAGAUAAAUACUAAUUUGCAUGAUGUUUGAUGUGAAACAUGAUUGUGAGGCGGUUAUGCCCUCUGAAAACAAUGUUAAUCUGGAUUGCUGGCAGUGACUUGAGUUUUGUGUUGGCAGAUGUUUAGAAAUAAAUAUGUCAUGGGUGUUGUCUUGUCCUAUAACAGUAGAGCUGCCCCUGCACCUGCCAACUGACAGUUGGAUGUUGAAAGACUCCUGUUGAACCUGAUCGACUGGGUUUUCAUGGGAAAAUGUUAAAAACAUGAGAAGGGUGUCAAUUGCAGACACUAGGUGGAAAUGUGCACAACAAAGAAACUCCACCUCCCUAUUUAUAUAAUGAAUAUGAAUUCGGAGGACAGAAAUAAUUAAAUAUUGAAGCAUUAGACCUAUCACUAAAAGCUUCAGUCAUACAAAAGUUAUACUUAAAUCUGAACUGGUUCUCAGGAAAUAACGGAUAGACAUCAUGAAAAUGAUCGGAGAGGUUGAGGGUAGAGGAAGUUCAGGAGUAAAAACAAACAAAAUAGAAUUAUUGUAAAAUUGACUGUGUCCAUAAAAUGUAUAUAGUAUGUAUAAGCUGGAAGUAGAGGCCUAAGCAUUGUUGUUCACUAGUUUACUCCAAUUAGGGAAGGGGUGGUGGGGUUGGAAAGUAAUAAAGAUAAAUAUAUUUUUUUAAAGGAUAUGUAUAUAAAUAUAUAUGUAUAUGUAUAAAUGUAAAACAUAUGGGGGAUUGGAAGUGAUGCAGACAAUUACAUUGAUAUUAAAGCUGAUCUACCCCCUACAUAAAAAAAAAAAUUAUGAACUCCACCUCCCUAUAUAACAGGCUCUGCAAGGGGGUGAUCAUUUUAUAAUUUGAGAGGGGAAGCACUCCAUCUAGAAUGAGUCUCUCUGGGGAUAAUGAGGGGGGAAGCACUCCCUCUAGUAUCUGUGAAGAGACUGAAGAGAGAGACACUGCUGCUAGAAUGAGUUUGUCAGGAAGUGAGGGAGAAAUGUCCCCUAAAAAUAGUUUACCUGCAGAACAGGACACUGGCAGUGAACUUAAGAGGUAAGAUCCCCAAAUAGGUAAGUGUGAAGGAGCUGAGAUUUUUUAACAACUCUCGUACAAAUAUAUAUUGUUGUGAUUUGUCUUUAUUUAAUGCAAUAGAUCAAGUGAAUCAGACCUUUUGUUGGAGCCGAAUUUACUGUAUCACUAACCUAUACCUAGCUGUUAUGUGCAUUAAGAGUGAUGACAAUUAUAAGUAACCAUAAAAAGCACAGAUACAAAAAUCUAAAAUGUGUGCAAACUCACCUACACUCUUAUAUAUAGAACCUUUAAAUGGGUUCUUCAGCUGUCCCCUUAGGAGAACGUUUUGAAGAACCCUUUGCAGUAGCGUUGCGUGGGUAAAAUCACUGGGGAAGCCAAGCCCUAUGUGUUGUGAUAAUUGCGUUGUUUGCUCUAUAACCUGUUAAUUCAUACAGUGGCUUGCGAAAGUAUUCACCCCCCCUUGGCAUUUUUCCUAUUUUGUUGCCUUACAACCUGGAAUUAACAUGGAUUUGUUGGGGGUUUGUAUCAUUUGAUUUACACAACAUGCCUACCACUUUGAAGAUGCAAAAUAUUUUAUUUUGUGAAACAAACAAGAAAUAAGACAAAAAAAUAAAUAAUUGAGCGAGCAUAACUAUUCACCCCCCCAAAGUCAAUACUUUGUAGAGCCACCUUUUGCAGCAAUUACAGCUGCAAGUCUCUUGUGCCAAGCUUAGAGAGACAUACCCCAUCUAGCCACUGGGAUUUUUGCCCAUUCUUCAAGGGAAACUGCUCCUGCUCCUUCAAGUUGGAUGGGUUCUGCUGGUGUACAGCAAUCUUUAAGUCAUACCACAGAUUGAAUUGGAUUGAGGUCUGGGCUUUGACUAGGCCAUUCCAAGACAUUUAAAUGUUUCCCCUUUAAACACUUGAGUGUUGCUUUAGCAGUAUGCUUAGGGUCAUUGUAAAAUGCAUGUAAUACAUGUAAAAUGUAUUGUCCUGCUGGAAGGUGAACCUCCGUCCCAGUCUCAAAUAUCUUGGAAGACUAAAACAGGUUUCCCUUAAUAAUUUCCCUGUAUUUAGCGCCAUCCAUCAUUCUUUCAAUUAUGACCAGUUUCCCAGUCCCUGCCGAUGGAAAAACAUCCCCACAGCAUGAUGCUACCACCACCAUGCUUUACUGUUGGGAUGGUGUUCUCGGGGUGAUGAGAGGUGUUGGGUUUGCGCCAGACAUAGCGUUUUCCUUGAUGGCCAAAAAGCUCAAUUUUAGUCUCAUCUGACCAGAGUACCUUCUUCCAUAUGUUUGGGGAGUCUCCCACAUGCCUUUAGGCGAACACCAAACGUGUUUCCUUAUUUUUUUCUUUAAGCAAUGUCUUUUUUCUGGCCACUCUUCCGUAAAGCCCAGCUCUGUGGAGUGUACGGCUUAAAGUGGUCCUAUGGACAGAUACUCCAAUCUCCGCUGUGGAGCGUUGCGGCUCCUUCAGGGUUAUCAUUGUUUUCUUUGUUGCCUAUCUGAUUAAUGCCCUCCUUGCCUGGUCUGUGAGUUUUGGUGGGCGGCCCUCUCUUGGCAGGUUUGUUGUGGUGCCAUAUUCUUUCCAUUUUUUAAUAAUGGAUUUAAUGGUGCUCCAUGGGAGGUUCAAAGUGUCUGAUAUUUUUUUAUAACCCAACCCUGAUCUGUACUUCUCCACAACUUUGUCACUGACCUGUUUGGAGAGCUCCCUGGUCUUCAUGGUGCUGCUUGCUUGGUGGUGCCCCUUGCUUAGUGGUGUUGCAGACUCUGGGGCCUUUCAGAACAGGUGUAUAUAUAUACUGAGAUCAUGUGACAGAUCAUGUGACACUUAGAUUGCACACAGGUGGACUUUAUUUAACAAAUUUUGUGACUUCUGAAGGUAAUUGGUUGCACCAUAUCUUAUUUAGGGGCUUAAUAGCAAAGGGGGUGAAUAGUUAUUUUUUUCAUUCCACUUCACCAAUUUUGACUAUUUUGUGUAUGUCCAUUACAUGAAAUCCAAAUAAAAAUCAAUUUAACUUACAGGUUGUAAUGCAACAAAAUAGGAACAACGCCAAGGGGGAUGAAUACCUUUGCAAGGCACUGUAGCUUACUGCAUAAACCUAACUGCUACAGUACUGUUUUUAAUUGGUUAAUGUUGCAUAGGCUUACGUUUUUUAAAAAGUCAAGUAAAAAAUAAAUCUGAGCGGUAGAUCUCGGCAUGCAUUUUGAGAAAAGGUUGGUGACCACUGUUCUAGAGUUUUCCCUGUUAACACUAUCAUCGUUUUCCUUUUAUUGUGGCAAUUGUGAUCGAAUCAACAUUAGCCACUUUUAACGAAACAAAGCAAAUUAUGCAAGAGAUUUUGUUGUAGGCAGAAUGCAUCGUAGUAGGAUUCUAUUGGCAUGACUCAGUCUAUUUAGUACUCUACACAGACCUAUGUGGUAUAAACAAUCAGAGCUGCAGUAGGCCUAUAUGCAAACAGACCAUUGCCAUAUAUGGAUCUGUGCCAUUUACUUUGAACUGGACUGUUUUUACAGCAUGAGCGGUUAUGAGUAGAUGCACACGUUUUGAGAUCAAAACGAGAGCUGCGUGUAGCCACGUGUGCACAUUUUGUUCAUAUCCUUUGCUAGUUAGUGAGUUAUUAGCCCAGUUAUAGAUCAUUUUCUAGUCAGCAAUAGGGGAGUGAUUGCUUUCCUACAAGAGCACAAAAUGUGUACAUUUCUAGACAUCUUUGAAAAGCAAGUCAGGUAAAGAGCUUUUUUUUGUCUUAAAGGGGCAGUGUUGUGUUUUGAGAUAGCUUAUUCAAGACUAAGUAGCCAAUAGGCAGAGGGUAGAAUAAUUUGUCUGAUUCUCUGUAAUAACGGUAUGGGAAUAAUAAUGAACUUUAUGUGGUAAAGUGGUCACUUGCAUCAAACAACACAUUUUCAGUCACCUCCUUGUCUGAAGGACAAGUGGAUAAUCAGGUUAAUGUCGAGCCCUGCAUGUUUUUUUCUCUCCAAAAGUCUCAUUGAAUGUAGGCCUACAUUAAACACCACACAUUGGUGGCUGCUACUGUAGGCUGAAUGAUAGAACAGCUAUUUCCAUGUUAAAAUGUUAUUGGAUGCUUUUAUAGUAGGUCACUCUGGUAGGCCUACAUUAUGAUCAAAUAGCCACAGUAGCCUACUUGGCCACUGUUAAAACUGUAACUUAAAGCGGGUACAGCCUCAGUGUCCACAGUAAAUACGAGCUGGAAGUUGCACAGAAUUUUCACAAUGUUCAAGUUUGCGGUCAGCAGACUUGAAAUUUGCUCAGUGACAAAAGAAUUAGAGGGAACAUUGGGUAGAAGAACCCUUUUGGGUUCCAUGCAGAACACUUUCCACAGAGGGUUCUACAUUGAACCCAAAAGUGUUCUACCUGGAACCAAAAAGGGUUCUACCAGGAACCAAAAAGGGUUAUCCUAUGGGGACAGCCAAAGAACCCUUUUGGAAACCUUUUUUCUAAUUGUGUACGUUGUAAACUCACAUCCUGCUUUAAACAGGUUCAAGACAGACCGACCAGUCUCACCUGUACCUAGCUGUGUCUCCAUGAAGAGUGACAGGUCUAUGCGACCUCCUAUUGACUUAAGGGAGGGAGACUUUUCCAUUGAGCAAAGGUGAAACAUUGUGCUUCAGAUAUAUUAUGCUUUUUUCUGGUUUCUUCUGUGCAGGUUCUGAGGGAAGGUUAAUUAUUUCUGCUCCUAUGGCUUUAAACAGGUUCAAGACAGACCGACCAGUCUCACCUGUACCUAGCUGUGUCUCCAUGAAGAGUGACAAGUCGAAGGGACUACAUAUUCUCUUCAGGGAUGGAGAAGUAUCUACUGGGCAAAGGUGAACUGAGACAUAACAUAUGGUGUUUGAUUAUGGCAUUUCCUUUUAUUUACUGUGACGAGUACUGAGUAUACGAAGAAGCAGGACGCAUACGCAGGAAUUAACAAGGUCAAGGUUUACUAAACAAUGAUCAAGAGAAAUAACAACGAUAGAGUAAACUACACAAAGCUAAACAAUCAAAAACAACAUAAUCCAGAACAGUCCAGGGCUAAAUAGGGGUGGUGACGAGAUGAUGAGGUGCAGGUGCGCUGGAGGUGAUUAGGGUGCGUUGGGUUUCCAUUCCGGUGUUGCCGAGGUGGUGCGCUCAGACCGGUGGCUCAGUAGACCGCCGAAUCAGAGCGCCGGAGGGGAGCAACGGGAGGAGAUGUGAUAAUUUACCAUCUUAUGUAUAUAUACAUAAAUACAUAUACAUAUACAUAUACAAAUACAUAUUUAUAGAUAAAGACUGAUGUUAUUGCGCUCUGUGCUCAUUUUUACCCAGCAGUAUCUCUGAGAAGAAUGACCAGUCAAUGGAUUGCCAACCCAGAGUCCUUACUGAUGACAAAGUGUGAGUGAUCGCAGUUUGCACUGCAUCCUACCUAUUUUCUAUUAGUUUAAUUCACUAGCCAUGUGUCUGAUGACAUCUAGUUCCUUUACUCUGUGAAGUUCCAGAUAAUAGCCACCAAUUCAUCAUUCAGGAUGUCUAAUUUAGCUUGUUAAAGGAUUUGAAUUGUCUAAAGGACACCGUCAUUGACUGACAUUAUACUAGAAAUGUAAAUAAAGUAGUAUGAUGACUAUAAUAGUUAGACUGUACCCAAGGUUUAGUGUAACUAUCAGGAGAUACAGAGAGCAUUGUCUCCCAGGAAAAGCACCACAUGCUGUGGCUUAAUCUUCACUUAGCCUAGCUAACUCUAGGAUGUCAAACUGUUGGACUGUUUCAUCAUUGAUCACAUCCAGGUUAGAGUUUAUAUUUGUGUAAUUCAAUUCAACAAGGAACAUCUUUCUUUUCCACAUAUAGGUACCAAACUGUUUCCACUAAGACCGAAGUCCAGGAUAAAAUGAAAUCCUACUUGAAGAAUAGGGCAUAUUCUUUAUUUGAGGGCAUUGAAGAUCAAGGAACAACAACACCUCUUAACAACAUCUACACAGAGCUCUGCAUCAUACAAGGUGAAAGUGGAGAGGUCAAUUAUGAACAUGAGGUGAGACAGAUUGAGACAGCAUGCAGAUUUCCAAUAGAACAAGAUACAUCAAUCCAUCUCAAUGACAUCUUCAAACCCUUACCUGGACAAGACAAGCCUAUCAGAACAGUGCUGACAAAGGGAGUUGCUGGCAUCGGAAAAACAGUGUCUGUGCUGAAGUUCAUGUUGGACUGGGCUGAAGGAAAAGCAAACCAAGACAUCCAGAUCAUCUUUCCACUUCCUUUUCGGGAUCUGAACUUGAUGAGAGAUAAAAAUCAAAGUCUGAUAGAACUAAUUCAUCACACCUGUUUAGAAACAAAAGAAUCAGAAAUCUCAGAAAACGAAAAUGUUGUGUUUGUUUUUGAUGGUCUGGAUGAAUGUCGCCUUCCUCUGGACUUCCAGAAUAAUAAGAUCUGCUGUGAUGUCACAGAGUCAACUUCAGUGGAUGUUCUGCUGACAAACCUCAUCAAAGGGAAUCUGCUUCCCUCUGCUAAUAUCUGGAUAACCACCCGACCUGCAGCAGCCAAUCAGAUCCCUCUUGGGUGUGUUGACCAGGUGACAGAGGUACGAGGGUUCAAUGACCUACAGAAGGAGGAAUACUUCAGGAAGAGAAUUGCUGAGGAGGUCCUGGCCAGCAGAAUCAUCUCACACAUAAAGACAUCAAGGAGCCUCCACAUCAUGUGCCACAUUCCAGUCUUCUGUUGGAUUUCAGCCACUGUCCUAGAGAGACUAUUGGUUGAAGCAGAGAGUGAAGAGAUCCCCAAGAAUCUGACUCAAAUGUACGCUCACCUCGUGAUCUUCCAGUCAAAACUGAGGAGUCAGAACUAUCCUGUAGAGCAUGCCAACGAUUCUCAUUGGGAUAAAGUGAUGAUUCUGGCACUGGGAAAACUAGCUUUUCAACAGCUAGAAAAAGGCCAUCUGAUAUUCUAUGAGGAAGACCUGAUAGAGUGUGGCAUUGAUAUCAAGGACGCGUCAGUGUACUCUGGAGUGUGCACUCAGAUCUUCAGAGAAGAGUCUGGGCUUAACCAGAUAAAGGUGUACUGCUUUGUACAUCUGAGUAUCCAGGAGUUUCUUGCUGCACUAUAUGUGUUCCUCAUGUUCACUAACGACAACAACAAUCUGAUGGCUAAAGAGAAAUCCCUCCGCAACAAAAACAGGCUAUAUCAAGAUGCAGUGGACAAGGCCUUGCAGUGUGGAAAUGGCCAUCUGGACCUUUUCCUCCGCUUCCUUCUAGGCAUUUCACAUGAGUCCAAUCAGCAUCUCCUACAAGGCCUACUGACACCAACAAGAAGCAGAUCACAGAGCAACAAGAAAACAGUCAGGUACAUCAAGGAGAAGAUCAGAAAGAAUCUCCCUCUGGAGAGGUGCAUCAAUCUGUUCCACUGUCUGAAUGAACUGAAUGAUCAUUCUCUAGUGGAGGAAAUCCAAAGCUACCUGAGCUCAGGAAGUCUCUCAAAAUCUAAACUCUCAUUUCGACAGUGGUCAGCUCUGGUCUUCAUGUUGCUGACCUCAGAGAAGCUGGAUGUGUUUGAUCUGAAGAAAUACAUCAGAUCAGAUGCGGCUCUUCUCAAACUUCUCCCAGUUGUCAGAUCCUCUAGAACAGCCCUGUAAGUGCUUAGUCAAAUAAAAUUCCAGACAGCAUGCUAUUGUAGCAUAAUAAUGAACAUCAGAUUGAAUUACUAGUUAGGCUGACAACUCAAUCCCUAACGGGAGAUUUUUUGUUGGCACCUGGAUAUCUUGAGAUGCACCUUUUUUUUCACAGGCUGAACGAAUGUAAACUCACCAAGAAAAGCUGUGAGGCACUGGCUUCUGUUCUCAAGUCAAAUUCAUGCUGCCUGAGACUGCUGGACAUGAGUGGCAAUAAACUUCAGGAUUCAGGAGUGAAGCUGCUCUCUGCUGGACUGGGGUAUCCACACUGUAAACUGGAGAAAUUGAAGUGAGUGACUUUGACUGUCUCCACUGGAAAGUGGAUGUUGUAAAUAUAAAGAUGGAACUUCUUCAUGUUGUAAAUGUAGUUAUAGAUUUGAGUGGAUUACUUAGCUGGAUCAUCUCUUCCCAGGUUGAAUGAUUGCAACCUUACUGAGAAAUGAUUUGAGGUGCUGGCUUCAACUCUCUGGGUUCAACACCUCAAGUUUGAGAGAGCUAGACCUGGGAGGAAAUACUAGGGAAACUGAGAUGUGUGACUGUCAGAUGUUGUUAUUAUGAAGAUGUAAAUUAUGUUAUGUCUAUAGCAUCAUUAGCUAGGUUUCCAUCCAAUUGGCAACUGAUCUUCAUGUGAAUAUUCUAUAAUCAGCAUAACUAAAAUAUGCGCUUUUACCCACCAGAGAUAUUUCCACCAAAUUCACUUGUUGCAGAUAAAAGGCUGUGCGUGAUGGUUUCCAUGGCAUUUUCAACUCUACUGAUGGUUUUGUCACUACAAAUGUUGCUUUAUAUAGUGAAUGUAGCCACUCUGGUAUUGGCACUUGCGCUCUAGCCAGCAGCUGGCAGAUACAGUGCAGGAUAUAACCUACAUGAUGAGAUUAUUAUGGACAAAAGAGGCACAGCAGCUAAGCAUAGAUCAUCAUGUCACCAGAAUAAGACCCUCGAUAUUUAUUGGAAAGGAGCAUCAAGCUCAUCACCUUGUGAAGUUCAUAACUUAUUUCAUCUGUAGCCUAAUAAACUGCAUGCUUUCCCGAGUCGUAGUGGGAGGACCACACAAAAUGUGACUCCAAAUGUACUUCGAUAUGAUCGUUAUUAUAUCAAUAUUUGCUCGUAAAAGCGUUUCCACCGCCAUUUCUCGCAUAAUACAUUUUACAGACACAAAAAGAUCCCACCUUGUCUAGCGUAUUUUGUUUAGUUGACAUUUGGAAAGGUAACCGACAAAGUUGCUGUUUCCAUCAGGCGGGUCGUGACAUCUUUUCAUCCACAUGUAGUUUACUCGCAUAUAAAGGUUGGAUGGAAACCUGGUUAAUGUAGUUAUAGAUUUGUGUGGAUUACUUACUCCUCUCUCUCCAGAUUGAAAUAUUGAAACCUAACUGAGAAAUCCUAUGAGGUGCUGGCUUCAACCCUCAGCUUAAACACAUCAAGUUUGAGAAAGCUAGACUUGGAGGAAAUUAACUCCAGGAUUCUGUAGUGAGAUUCAUCUGUGCUGGACUUGAGAAUCCACAAUGUAAAUUGGAGACACUGAGGUAAAACUAUCCCUCAUCAAAUCAAAUGAAGUUGUAUUCGUUGCAUACACAUAUUUAGCAGAUGUUAUUGCGGGUGUAGCGACAUUCUUGUGUCCCUAGCUCCAACUUAGUUCAGUUUAUUAAUUCAACCAUUAAAAAAAAUAAAAGCACACAUAACACUUGAAAAAGCCAUACAUGCACACGAGUAAAAUCAUCGAGGAUAACACACAGUAAAGACUGGGACUUAUUUCCAUUGUGGUCCUCUUACAGUGCAGUAAUAUCUAACAAUUCACAACAAUAAACACAAAUCUAAAAGUAAAAGAAUGGAAUUAAGAAAUAUUUAAAUAUUAGGACAAGCAAUGUCGGAGUCCGGAGUAUAAAUAAUAUAUAUGCAUAUACUGUAUGUGUAUAUGUCACAGGAGGUUGGUUGCACCUUAAUUGAGGAGGAUGGGCUCGUGGUAAUGGCUGGGGCGCAAUUAGUGGAAUGGUAUCAAAUACAUCAAACACAUGGUUUCCAUGGUUUCCAUAUGUUUGAUGCCAUUCUAUUUGUUCCGUUCCAGACAUUAUUAUGAGCCGUCAGCAGCCUCCACUGGUAUAUGUGAUGGGAUUAUAGACAUCAUGGACAGUAUGUGGAUAGAAUAUUUAACAUAUCUGUAGAAUACGUAGGAUAGAAUAGUAUAUAUACAGCAAUAGUUGAAUAGGAUGGCAUUGACUAGAAUACAGUAUAUACAUAUGAAAUUAGUAAAACAGUAUGUAAACAUUAAAGUGACCAGUGUUCCAUUAUUAAAGUGGCCAAUGAUUCCAUGUCUAUGUACAUAGGGCAGCAGCCUUUAAGCUGCAGGAUUGAGUAACCAGGUGGUAGCCAACUAGUGACAGUGACUAAGUUCAGGGCAGUGUACUGGCUGGAGUCCGGCUAGUGAUGGCUAUUUAACAGUCUGAUGGCCUUGAGAUAGAUGCUGUUUUUCAGUCUCUCGGUCCCAGCUUUGAUGCACCUGUACUGACCUCGUCUUCUGGAUGAUAGCGGGGUGAACAGGCCGUGGCUCAAGUGGUUGAUGUCCUUGAUGAAUACUUUUGUCCUUCUUGUGACAUCGGGUGCUGUAGGUGUCCUGGAGGGCAGGCAGUGGGCCCCCGGUGAUGCGUUGGGCAGACCGCACCACCCUCUGGAGAGCCCUGCGGUUGCGGGCAGUGCAGUUGCCAUACCAGGCAGUGAUACAGCCCGACAGGAUGCUCUCAAUUGUGCAUCUGUAAAAGUUUGCGAGGGGCCCACUGCGGCCCUGUCGAUGUGGAUGUGGGCGUGCUCCCUCCACGAUCAGCUCCUUCGUUUUGUUGAUGUUGAGUGAGAGGUUAUAUUCCUGGCACCACUCCGCCAGGGCCCUCACCUCCUCCCUGUAGGCUGUCUCAUCAUUGUUGGUAAUCAGGCCUACUACUGUUGUGUCGUCUGCAAACUUGAUGAUUGAGUUGGAGGCGUGCGUGGCCACGCAGUCAUAGGUGAACAGGAAGUACAGGAGGUGGCUGAGCACGCACCCUUGUGGGGCCCCUGUGUUGAGGAUCAGCGUAGUGGAGGUGUUGUUUUCUACCUUCACCACCUGGUGGCGGCCCGUCAGGAAGUCCAGGACCCAGUUGCACAGGGCGGGGUUCAGACCCAGGGCCUCGGGCUUAAUGAUGAGCAUGGAGAGUACUAUGGUGUCAAUGAGUUUUACUUAGUUUCACUUGGGCCCGGGAUUUCAUCCAAGGCAGUGCACUGGACAGCCGACAAUGUGACUUUUAAAGGUUUAUUUAUGCUUGAGUGGACAUGUUCUACAUUUACAGUGAAUGGGAUCUCCACAAACUUUGGGAAAAUGUCAGCAUUGUCGACUGUCCAGUGCGCUGCUCUGUAACGCGCCUUGGAUUGAAUUCCUCAUGUCACUAUUUCAAUUUUUUAUCUUUAACUCUGCAUUGUUGGAAAAGGACCCGUAAGUAAGGAUUUUCACUUUUAGUCUACACCUGUUGUUUACGAAGCAUGUGACAAAUACAAUUUUAUUUGAUCCUGGCCUUGGUCUCUGAUGUAGCAUAAUUGAAGACAAUUUGUAUCAUUGUCUUUAGAGUAUGUACUAUUAUCACAUUAAAUUAUGAAUCGGGGCACCAGUUCGUUAUUAUUGAUCAGUUUAGUUGUGUUCAUUUCGAUUCAAUAAAAGGUUCAACAUAUGACAUUAAAAUGACACAUCACUACAGAUGCAAAAUGUAAAUUUUCUGGAAUAUUUUACAUUGUGUAACUUCUCUCCCUCACUUUCCACAGGCUGGCAGGCUGCAACAUCACAGAGGAAGGCUGUACUUCUCUUGCUUCAGCUCUGAGGUCAAACCCCUCCCACCUGAAGGAGCUGGACCUGAGAGGAAAUACUCCAGGAGACUCUGGAGUGAAGCUGCUCUCUUCUGUACGAGAGGAUCCCCUCUAUACACUGGAGACACUGCGGUGAGUUUUACUGAUCAGUUUCAUGAGCACACUGAUAUAGUGAUCAAUAAGCCAUUGUAGACAUCCAGACACCCGGGUCAUAUUCAUUAGUGCAAACUGUAGCGAAACGUUUUGCAACACAUGCUAGUUUCUUAUUGGACAUGUUCAGGUAGUCCCUGCCCGUUUUGUUCCGUGUUCUUCUCUUUGAUGCCUAGUGAAUACGACCCCUAUAUGUCUAUGCUGCUGUAUGAGGAGUUAGAUCCACUUCCCUUCUUUCUUUCCCAGGUUAAAUGACUGAAAGCUCACUGAGAUUCAGUGAAGGAAUGGCCUCAGCUCCAAGUCCUUGGUUGUGGGAGUGCGCUGCUUCGAAUCGAUGAUGAUAGCUCCUUGAAUCUCUCAAUAAAUCAGAGAGCCCUGGCGAAGUGGUGCCAGGAAAAUAACCUCUCCCUCAACAAACGCAUCACCGGGGGCACACUGCCUGCCCUCCAGGACAUCUACAGCACCCGGUGUCACAGGAAAGCCAAGAAGAUCAUCAAGGAUGUCAGCCACCCGAUCCCCGGCCUGUUCACCUCGCCACCAUCUAGAAGGUCGGAGACAGUACAGGUGCAUCAGACUGUUAAAUAGGGGGGAGGGGCGGGUGGUUGGACGGGUGUGGUUGGAGAAAUGGGGAUUGAGGCACACUUUUUUGUUUUCUUGUUUAAAUAUUGUACCUGUAGAAAUUCAGAAUGUGUUCAUUCAGUUUGAUUAAUUGUACUUAAUCUCCAUUACACUACAAUACAGGGACUGACUGUUACGAUGAAUUGUCAAUCAGUCAGUAAGGUGGCGCUAUAGGAAAUGUAAAUAGAUGUAAAUGUGGUUUGAUGUUCCUUGAUGUAUUCUGUUGUGUGUUAUUGUAGUGUGUGUUCUGUUAGCUUAGUAAAAAGCCCUCCUUUUAUGACAUCAUGCUAAAUGUAUAUCCAUCAUGUCUUUACAUAUUGACUGUAGUUCAGUGUGUCUACUAGUGUCACUACAGUUAAGCUUCUUAAUCUUGUCUUCCUAGUAACUCUACAUCUUCCUAUACUAUCUUUACUCUAGUGUAUUAGAGGUCUCUGGAUUGUCUUGUACACUGAUGUUUUUAUUGUAGCACCUUGAGCUUUAAAACAUGUAGCAUUUCUUACAUUCUAUGUAACCCUGUAUGUUAAUCUAUGGAAACUGUAUUUCAUAUUCCUUAAAUAUAUGCAGUAAAGCUGUUAUUCCUAUUGACGUGUGACUGUGUCCAUCUGUUAUUAAUUGAAUGACUUGGUUUCCACAGCUAUGAAUGUUCAUACUCACAGUAAUGAAUAGGUCUACCUGAGUAUAAUCAAGGCCUUUACAGUGUUCUCUGCUGGUCCAACUAAAAUGUAUUUCACAAAAACAUUUCACUACUGCACCAUAUUUUAAUAGUUUCAAAAUGCUACAUCAAGCAGCUAGUUCAGGUGGCUAUUGCUACCCAAAUCUAAACCUUUAUUAUACAAAGUCACCAAACAAUGAAGUAGAUCUGAAAACAGGCAGGAUGUUUUACUAUUAAAUACAUUUUAUUACACAAGCAGACAAUGACAGUCUGGCCUUUUCACAGAAAGACAACUCAGAACAUCUCAUUGUGGGUCUUCUGGUUGGUCAGUAAAGCAGAGAGCCAUGCAGUCUCAGCAGCUCCUUACUGCUGUGUGUGUGUGUAUGUCUAAAGACCGAUAUAUUGGACAGAUAGAUACUUCCUUCCCUCCCAUAUUUUCUCCUCUCUCCUUAGCCCCAGUUGUGUUGGUCUUCUUCUGUGGUGGUCAGUAUGUCAGUAACCAGGCCGGUGCCAAUAGUUUUGUUGCCAUCUCUGAGAGUGAACCGUUGACCUUUCUCCAGAAUCAUAGGCUGGCGCAGCGUAAGGGUCAGGGAUGUGUCUUCACCUGGCAUCACCAUGUCCUGUUAGAGGAGAAGAGGAUCAGUCUUUCCUCACAGAGGGUAAAACACAGCCCUGGACAAUGGGGCACACUACAUUAUAAUACACAAAUCACAUUAGUGAAAAAGAUUGACCAUUUCAAAAGGUGACAGAUAGUCACGUACCUUGUCUCCUGCCAGGUGGACCCUGCAGGCCAUGUCCCAGGUGAGAGAGAACAUGACUGGCAUAAAGUUACUGACAAAGGGCUUGUGUCUGCCACCCUCCUCCUUGCUCAGGACAUAGACCUGGGAUGAAGAGAUGUUUUUAUGACAGAUUUUACAUUCAUUCCAUUGAAAUUCAAUUAAAGAACAUAUCAUAUCCUAACUUUGGACUACAAGAAUACACACACACACACACACACACAUAUAUAUAUAUAUUUUAUAUACCACAAAUAAUAUACCAUAACUGUAGACAGGCAUGGGCCACAAAUACUAUCCCAUAACUGUAGAUAGACAUGCAUUUAAUUUGACCAACUUAAUAUAGUCAAAUGUAAUACGCUGAAUAAAAUAACAAUUAUUUCAGAAAACGAUUUACUGGGACUACAACACUAUGGUACACUAGACCUACAGUGGGGGGAAAAAAGUAUUUAGUCAGCCACCAAUUGUGCAAGUUCUCCCACUUAAAAAGAUGAGAGAGGCCUGUAAUUUUCAUCAUAGGUACACGUCAACUAUGACAGACAAAAUUAGAAAAAAAUAUCCAGAAAAUCACAUUGUAGGAUUUUUUAUGAAUUUAUUUGCAAAUUAUGGUGGAAAAUAAGUAUUUGGUCAAUAACAAAAGUUUCUCAAUACUUUGUUAUAUACCCUUUGUUGGCAAUGACACAGGUCAAACGUUUUCUGUAAGUCUUCACAAGGUUUUCACACACUGUUGCUGGUAUUUUGGCCCAUUCCUCCAUGCAGAUCUCCUCUAGAGCAGUGAUGUUUUGGGGCUAUCGCUGGGCAACACAGACUUUCAACUCCCUCCAAAGAUGUUCUAUGGGGUUGUGAUCUGGAGACUGGCUAGGCCACUCCAGGACCUUGAAAUGCUUCUUACGAAGCCACUCCUUCGUUGCCCGGGCAGUGUGUUUGGGAUCAUUGUCAUGCUGAAAGUCCCAGCCACGUUUCAUCUUCAAUGCCCUUGCUGAUGGAAGGAGGUUUUCACUCAAAAUCUCACGAUACAUGGCCCCAUUCAUUCUUUCCUUUACACGGAUCUGUCGUCCUGGUCCCUUUGCAGAAAAACAGCCCCAAAGCAUGAUGUUUCCACCCCCAUGCUUCACAGUAGGUAUGGUGUUUACAUUUACAUUUUAGUCAUUUAGCAGACGCUCUUAUCCAGAGCGACAUACAUGAGCAAUUAGGGUUAAGUGCCUUGCUUAAGGGCACAUCGACAGAUUUUUCACCUAGUCGGCUCGGGGAUUAGAACCAGCGACCUUUCGGUUACUGGCACAACGCUCUUACCCACUAAGCUACCUGCCGCCCUAUUAAUUCUUUCCUUUACACGGAUCAGUCGUCCUGGUCCCUUUGCAGAAAAACAGCCCCAAAGCAUGAUGUUUCCACCCCCAUGCUUCACAGUAGGUAUGGUGUUCUUUGGAUGCAACUCAUAAUUCUUUGUCCUCCAAACACGACGAGUUGAGUUUUUACCAAAAAGUUAUAUUUUGGUUUCAUCUGACCAUAUGACAUUCUCCCAAUCCUCUUCUGGAUCAUCCAAAUGCACUCUAGCAAACUUCAGACGGGCCUGGACAUGUACUGGCUUAAGCAGGGGGACACGUCUGGCACUGCAGGAUUUGAGUCCCUGGCGGCGUAGUGUGUUACUGAUGGUAGGCUUUGUUACUUUGGUCCCAGCUCUCUGCAGGUCAUUCACUAGGUCCCCCCGUGUGGUUCUGGGAUUUUUGUUCACCGUUCUUGUGAUCAUUUUGACCCCACAGGGUGAGAUCUUGCGUGGAGCCCCAGAUCGAGGGAGAUUAUCAGUGGUCUUAUAUGUCUUCCAUUUCCUAAUAAUUGCUCCCACAGUUGAUUUCUUCAAACCAAGCUGCUUACCUAUUGCAGAUUCAGUCUUCCCAGCCUGGUGCAGGUCUACAAUUUUGUUUCUGAAGUCCUUUGACAGCUCUUUGGUCUUGGCCAUAGUGGAGUUUGGAGUGUGACUGUUUGAGGUUGUGGACAGGUGUCUUUUAUACUGAUAAGUUCAAACAAGUGCCAUUAAUACAGGUAACGAGUGGAGGACAGAGGAGCCUCUUAAAGAAGAAGUUACAGGUCUGUGAGAGCCAGAAAUCUUGCUUGUUUGUAGGUGACCAAAUACUUAUUUUCCACCAUAAUUUGCAAAUAAAUUAAUUUAAAAUCCUACUAUGUGAUUUUCUGGAUUUUUUUCUCUCAAUUUGUCUGUCAUAGUUGACGUGUACCUAUGAUGAAAAUGACAGGCCUCUCUCAUCUUUUUAAGUGGGAGAACUUGCACAAUUGGUGGCUGACUAAAUACUUUUCCCCCCCACUGUAUAUACUGGAGUACUACGGUACACUAGACCUAUAUACUGCAGUACUAGACUACAACACUAUGGUACACUAGACCUAUAUACUGGGAGUACUAGACUACAACACUAUGGUAUACUAGACCUAUAUACACUGCAGUACUAGACUACAACACUAUGGUACACUAGACCUAUAUACUGGGAGUACUAGACUACAACACUAUGGUAUACUAGACCUAUAUACUGCAGUACUAGACUACAACACUAUGGUAUACUAGACCUAUAUACUGCAGUACUAGACUACAACACUAUGGUACACUAGACCUAUAUACUGGGAGUACUAGACUACAACACUACGGUAUACUAGACCUAUAUACUACAGUACUAGACUACAACACUACGGUACACUAGACCUAUAUACUGGAGUACUAGACUACAACACUAUGGUACACUAGACCUAUAUACUGCAAUACUAGACUACAACACUAUGGUACACUAGACCUAUAUACUGGGAGUACUAGACUACAACACUAUGGUACACUAGACCUAUAUACUGCAGUACUAGACUACAACACUAUGGUACACUAGACCUAUAUACUGGGAGUACUAGACUACAACACUACGGUACACUAGACCUAUAUACUGGGAGUACUAGACUACAACACUACGGUAUACUAGACCUAUAUACUACAGUACUAGACUACAACACUACGGUACACUAGACCUAUAUACUGGAGUACUAGACUACAACACUAUGGUACACUAGACCUAUAUACUGCAGUACUAGACUACAACACUAUGGUACACUAGACCUAUAUACUGCAGUACUAGACUACAACACUAUGGUACACUAGACCUAUAUACUGGGAGUACUAGACUACAACACUAUGGUACACUAGACCUAUAUACUGCAGUACUAGACUACAACACUAUGGUACACUAGACCUAUAUACUGGGAGUACUAGACUACAACACUAUGGUAUACUAGACCUAUAUACUGGGAGUACUAGACUACAACACUACGGUACACUAGACCUAUAUAGUAGAGUACUAGACUACAACACUACGGUACACUAGACCUAUAUAGUAGAGUACUAGACUACAACACUAUGGUACACUAGACCUAUAUACUGGGAGUACUAGACUACAACACUACGGUAUACUAGACCUAUAUACUACAGUACUAGACUACAACACUACGGUACACUAGACCUAUAUACUGGAGUACUAGACUACAACACUAUGGUACACUAGACCUAUAUACUGCAGUACUAGACUACAACACUAUGGUACACUAGACCUAUAUACUGCAAUACUAGACUACAACACUAUGGUACACUAGACCUAUAUACUGGGAGUACUAGACUACAACACUAUGGUACACUAGACCUAUAUACUGCAGUACUAGACUACAACACUAUGGUACACUAGACCUAUAUACUGGGAGUACUAGACUACAACACUACGGUACACUAGACCUAUAUACUGGGAGUACUAGACUACAACACUACGGUAUACUAGACCUAUAUACUACAGUACUAGACUACAACACUACGGUACACUAGACCUAUAUACUGGAGUACUAGACUACAACACUAUGGUACACUAGACCUAUAUACUGCAGUACUAGACUACAACACUAUGGUACACUAGACCUAUAUACUGCAGUACUAGACUACAACACUAUGGUACACUAGACCUAUAUACUGGGAGUACUAGACUACAACACUAUGGUACACUAGACCUAUAUACUGCAGUACUAGACUACAACACUAUGGUACACUAGACCUAUAUACUGGGAGUACUAGACUACAACACUAUGGUAUACUAGACCUAUAUACUGGGAGUACUAGACUACAACACUAUGGUACACUAGACCUAUAUAGUAGAGUACUAGACUACAACACUACGGUACACUAGACCUAUAUAGUAGAGUACUAGACUACAACACUAUGGUACACUAGACCUAUAUACUGGAGUACUAGACUACAACACUAUGGUAUACUAGACCUAUAUACUGCAGUACUAGACUACAACUCUAUGGUACACUAGACCUAUAUACUGCAGUACUAGACUACAACACUAUGGUACACUAGACCUAUAUACUGGGAGUACUAGACUACAACACUAUGGUACACUAGACCUAUAUACUGCAGUACUAGACUACAACACUAUGGUACACUAGACCUAUAUACUGGGAGUACUAGACUACAACACUAUGGUAUACUAGACCUAUAUACUGGGAGUACUAGACUACAACACUAUGGUACACUAGACCUAUAUACUGGAGUACUAGACUACAACACUAUGGUAUACUAGACCUAUAUACUGCAGUACUAGACUACAACUCUAUGGUACACUAGACCUAUAUACUGCAGUACUAGACUACAACACUAUGGUACACUAGACCUAUAUACUGGGAGUACUAGACUACAACACUAUGGUACACUAGACCUAUAUAGUAGAGUACUAGACUACAACACUAUGGUAUACUAGACCUAUAUACUGCAGUACUAGACUACAACACUAUGGUACACUAGACCUAUAUACUGCAGUACUAGACUACAACACUAUGGUACACUAGACCUAUAUACUGCAGUACUAGAUUACAACACUAUGGUACACUAGACCUAUAUACUGCAGUACUAGAUUACAACACUAUGGUACACUAGACCUAUAUACUGCAGUACUAGACUACAACACUAUGGUAUACUAGACCUAUAUACUGCAGUACUAGACUACAACACUAUGGUACACUAGACCUAUAUACUGCAGUACUAGACUACAACUCUAUGGUACACUAGACCUAUAUACUGCAGUACUAGACUACAACACUAUGGUACACUAGACCUAUAUACUGGGAGUACUAGACUACAACACUAUGGUACACUAGACCUAUAUAGUAGAGUACUAGACUACAACACUAUGGUAUACUAGACCUAUAUACUGCAGUACUAGACUACAACACUAUGGUACACUAGACCUAUAUACUGCAGUACUAGACUACAACACUAUGGUACACUAGACCUAUAUACUGCAGUACUAGAUUACAACACUAUGGUACACUAGACCUAUAUACUGGGAGUACUAGACUACAACACUAUGGUACACUAGACCUAUAUACUGCAGUACUAGACUACAACACUAUGGUACACUAGACCUAUAUACUGGGAGUACUAGACUACAACACUACGGUACACUAGACCUAUAUACUGGGAGUACUAGACUACAACACUACGGUAUACUAGACCUAUAUACUACAGUACUAGACUACAACACUACGGUACACUAGACCUAUAUACUGGAGUACUAGACUACAACACUAUGGUACACUAGACCUAUAUACUGCAGUACUAGACUACAACACUAUGGUACACUAGACCUAUAUACUGCAGUACUAGACUACAACACUAUGGUACACUAGACCUAUAUACUGGGAGUACUAGACUACAACACUAUGGUACACUAGACCUAUAUACUGCAGUACUAGACUACAACACUAUGGUACACUAGACCUAUAUACUGGGAGUACUAGACUACAACACUAUGGUACACUAGACCUAUAUACUGCAGUACUAGACUACAACUCUAUGGUACACUAGACCUAUAUACUGCAGUACUAGACUACAACACUAUGGUACACUAGACCUAUAUACUGGGAGUACUAGACUACAACACUACGGUACACUAGACCUAUAUACUGGGAGUACUAGACUACAACACUACGGUAUACUAGACCUAUAUACUACAGUACUAGACUACAACACUACGGUACACUAGACCUAUAUACUGGAGUACUAGACUACAACACUAUGGUACACUAGACCUAUAUACUGCAGUACUAGACUACAACACUAUGGUACACUAGACCUAUAUACUGCAGUACUAGACUACAACACUAUGGUACACUAGACCUAUAUACUGGGAGUACUAGACUACAACACUAUGGUACACUAGACCUAUAUACUGCAGUACUAGACUACAACACUAUGGUACACUAGACCUAUAUACUGGGAGUACUAGACUACAACACUAUGGUAUACUAGACCUAUAUACUGGGAGUACUAGACUACAACACUAUGGUAUACUAGACCUAUAUACUGCAGUACUAGACUACAACACUAUGGUACACUAGACCUAUAUACUGCAGUACUAGACUACAACACUAUGGUACACUAGACCUAUAUACUGCAGUACUAGAUUACAACACUAUGGUACACUAGACCUAUAUACUGCAGUACUAGAUUACAACACUAUGGUACACUAGACCUAUAUACUGCAGUACUAGACUAUAACACUAUGGUAUACUAGACCUAUAUACUGCAGUACUAGACUACAACACUAUGGUACACUAGACCUAUAUACUGCAGUACUAGACUACAACACUACGGUAUACUAGACCUAUAUACUGGAGUACUAGACUACAACACUAUGGUACACUAGACCUAUGUAGUAGAGUACUAGACUACAACACUAUGGUACACUAGACCUAUAUAGUAGAGUACUAGACUACAACACUAUGGUACACUAGACCUAUGUAGUAGAGUACUAGACUACAACACUAUGGUACACUAGACCUAUAUACUGGGAGUACUACAGUACACUAGACCUAUAUACUGGAGUACUAGACUACAACACUACGUAUGCGGUACACCAACAGUUCACACUCCUCUAGAGCUGCUAGCUGAAGAUACAGACCUGGGCCUGGACUUUAUUUAUUACAUGAUACAGACCUGGACUUUAUUUAUUACAUGAUACAGACCUGGACUUUAUUUAUUACAUGAUACAGACCUGGACUUUAUUUAUUACAUGAUAUGAUACACAAACCUGGACUUUAUUUAUGAUAUGAUACAGACCUGGACUUUAUUUAUUACAUGAUACAGACCUGGACUUUAUUUAUUACAUGAUACAGACCUGGACUUUAUUUAUUACAUGAUACAGACCUGGACUUACUUUAUUACAUGAUAUGAUACACAAAACUGGACUUUAUUUAUGAUAUGAUACAGACCUGGGCCUGGACUUUCUGGUGAGGCUGGAUAGAGCCUGGUUUGCUCAUCACCAUCCCUCUCCUAAUGUCCUCCCUCUUCAGCCCUCGGACCAGAGCACCCAGGUUAUCUCCUGCCUCCGCUCUGUCCAGAGACUGGUGGAACAUCUCAAUGCCUGGGGAGGAGAGAGGGGGAGCGAGGGAAAGAAAGAGAUGGUGAAGGGAAGUUAAGUUAAGGGAGAACAAUUAGACUCAGAAUGGAGUUGUGUAUGGAGGUUUUAGGUGGAGUUGAGGGGUUACCAGAGGGCUAUUUUGGGUAACUCUGUCCAGUAGUCUUAUUAGUGGGUAAUUAGUGCUAGAAGAAGUGCAGUGGAGCUACUGUUGUAGUUUUAACUUGGUGUUAGGGGUAGUUCUGUCACUACACUGUACUAGGGGUUAGGGGUAGUACUGUCAGAACACUGUACUAGGGGUUAGGGGUAGUUCUGUCACUACACUGUACUAGGGGUUAGGGGUAGUUCUGUCAGAACACUGUACUAGGGGUUAGGGGUAGUUCUGUCAGAAACACUGUACUAGGGGUUAGGGGUAGUCUGUCAGAACACUGUACUAGGGGUUAGGGGUUAGUAUCUGCAGAACACUGUACUAGGGGUUAGGGGUAGUUCUGUCAGAACACUGUACUAGGGGUUAGGGGUAGUACUGUCACUAACACUGUACUAGGGGUUUAGGGGUAGUUCUGUCAGAACACUGUACUAGGGGUUAGGGGUAGUUCUGUCAGAACACUGUACUAGGGGUUAGGGGUAGUUCUGCCAGAACACUGUACUAGGGGUUAGGGGUAGUUCUGUCAGAACACUGUACUAGGGGUUAGGGGUAGUUCUGCCAGAACACUGUACUAGGGGUUAGGGGUAGUUCUGUCAGAAAACUGUACUAGGGGUUAGGGGUAGUUCUGUCAGAACACUGUACUAGGGGUUAGGGGUAGUUCUGUCAGAACACUGUACUAGGGGUUAGGGGUAGUUCUGUCAGAACACUGUACUAGGGGUUAGGGGUAGUUCUGUCAGAACACUGUACUAGGGGUUAGGGGUAGUUCUGUCAGAACACUGUACUAGGGGUUAGGGGUAGUUCUGUCAGAACACUGUACUAGGGGUUAGGGGUAGUUCUGUCCGUAUUCUGUGACAAUGAAUAAUAGCAAUUAUAGUGUUAAACUGGACUUACAGGAAUAAUUACAGUAAUAUGAACACAGUUUUACAGCAUCUGUUACCUAUGUGCUACAUCUUUAAAAUGUGAAGAAUGAAAGCUCUAUGAAUGAUAAAAAAUUGAAUUGUUUGAAAUGAAUUGAAAUCAACCUUUCUAUAGUGGUGUGCCUCCACAUUCACGUACCAGUGACCACAGACUUGAAGGCACGGUUGUGCCCCACAAACUCACAGUCGUCGCCCUUCUUAAUGACGCCCCUCUCCAAAGUGCCAGUCACCACCGUACCCCUGCCUGAAAGACAGAUGAAUGAAUACAUGUUUAAUAAAUAGUUUUGAUACCCAGAGGGAGACGUGGUUAGACACCAGCAGACAGAUCAGAACAGAGACAUGAUGGCUGACGGCUGAACUACAUCAUACGUGCAUCAAUAAAAUAAAAGGUGAAACAGAAAGGUACAAAGGAAACUGAUACAAGUGCUUCCAAAGAGUCACUCUUACUAAGUCACACAAAGACAGUGAGAGGAAAACUGCAUGUUAUAGAUACACUGUUUAUUCCUACACAGAUGUACAGAAAACAGGCAUGUUGUUCCAGUCACAAAACACAUGCUGCACAAACAUAGCAGACUGACUAAUGUCAAAGAUUAUUUUAUGAAGAAAGCUCAGUGGCUACGGAAACUGUUGUCAAACACUGGGAUGAGCCUAGCAAUGAGGCAGGGACAGUGGGAUCCUAUUGCAGCGUUUUAACAUCUAUUGUCAUGUUUUCACUAGGAAACACCAUCUGAAGAGCACAGUGCACGAGCUUGAAUUCAUCGCUGCACUGCUUCUGAAUGAUGUCAUGUUAAAUGGAUAACAAUGAGUCAGGUCGAUGACAUAUAGUAAGGAGAGGAAUCCACCUAGUGGCAACACAGCUUUUUAACUUAAUGAGAAAUCUAGUUUCUCUUUACAAUUUCAGCUACUUCUCAGUCACCUGGGAUAGAGUAGACUCCCUCGAUGGGCAGCAGGAAGGGUUUCUCCAGCUCUCUCUUGGGCAGAGGGACGUAUUCAUCCACGAUCUCUAGGAGCUUCAGCACUGCGUUCACCCCCAGGUCAGGCUGUUUGUUCUGGGGAGGGGAGGUUAGACGAGGUGAGACAACAGGUCAGGCUGUUUGUUCUGGGGAGGGGAGGUUAGACGAGGUGAGACAACAGGUAAGGUUUUACCGCUGCACAAAUUAUCAGAUUGAUUACAGCUGCACUGUCUGUCUGGAAGGGAUUCCGUUUGAGCUGAGGCGUUGCACAGAACAAAUUCAAAAGUGAUUGGAUCACCAAGCAAUCAGAAAAAAAGAAGCCACAGUGCUGCAUUUUUCAGAAGUAACACAAGCACUUAUCAUCUUUCAAGAGAGAAAGGCAUAUCUACCAGGACAAUAGGCUAUAUGAGCCAAAGGCAGAUAAAUAUAGAAAUGUCAAUGUGAGACUAUUAUAAAUAUAGUAGGCACCUAAUGUUUUUGCCAAGCCAUGGCGAUGAUAAAGAUUAGGGUACUGCAUCAGAUUCAAUACAGAGACCGUCUUGAUACAGUAACCUGAGCCUACACUUUAUUGAACCAUCUCGUAAUUUAGAUGAUAUGCUUUCACACAGAAUGGAGCAGGUCUGAUAAAAGAGCAGAGUUUAUUUAGCAGAGUUCAGACUCAUGUAAAGCUUUAUAUUUAGCCAUCACCUAUGCGUUGUUUCCUGUUGUCUACUGCCUGUCAUCAACUAAACAUUUUAGUCAUUUAUCAGAUGCUCUUAUCCAGAGCGACUUACAGUUAGUGAGUGCAUACAUUUAAAAAAAUAAUAAUAAUCAUACUGGCCCCCCGUGGGAAUCGAACCCACAACCCUGGCGUUGCAAGCGCCAUGCUCUACCAACUGAGCUACACGGGACUAAACCACUCCCAUAGUUCAUCAGAGGAUGCUGAUUAGUCCAAAGCAACAGUGAGAGAAAAGGCGUGGCUCAGGUCAUCACAGCCCUACCAGACUGAUAUCCCUGCAGCGUUUAAUGGAAGCUCGCGUUUAAUGGAAGCUCGCGGGAUCAGGCGGAUUUGCGAGUCUACCUAAAAGGACCACAUUGAAAUAAGUCAGUUGACUUUUUGGUUUUUAAAAUUGAUAUUUUUUUUGUAUGUCUGUAUAAUAGUACCAACAUGGCUGAAGCAACAGUAUGUAUUUUAAAAACGGUCAAAUAAAAUAAAAAUCGAUCAACCUUGCCAGCGAGCUGAUAGCCUAUCCGAAGUUGUGAGGUUAUUCGGCCACCGCCACAACCCUACCUCGUACCAUGCACUCACCUCCAGGGCACAGAGGGCCGAGCCGAUGACAACGGGCGUGUUCUCGCCGUCGUAGCCAAACUCUGUGAGCAGCUCUCUGAUCUCCAGCUCAACCAGCUCCAGCAUCUCCUUGUCCUCCACUGCAUCCGCUUUGUUCACAAACACCACCACGUGCUCCACGCCGAUCUGCCGGGCCAGCAGGAGGUGCUCCCUGGUCUGGGGCAUCUGUCCGUCCGUGGCCGCCACCACCAGGAUGCAGCCGUCCAGCUGAGCCGUGCC